AGCGCAGUGCGGCGCUGUCCGGCCGGGAGCGGCGGUUGGCGGCCGCAGGGGAAACGGGAGAGGCGGAGGGGGGCGAGAGCGCGCGCGUGUGCGUGCGUGCCGCUUGCGCAUGCGCGCGACGCCCGCUCGCUGCUGCUGCUGCUGGUCGCCGGGGCCCUCUUGUGUGAGGUAAAAUAGAAAAAGCCCCGAGAGAAGGAGGAGGAGAGGCGGCGGCGGAGGAGCCGGAGAGGAAGGGAGGAGAGAAGAGAGAGAAAGCCGCCUCAGCAGCAGCCGCCACAACCGCCGCCGCCGCCUCCUCUCUCCCCCCCCCCCCACACCCCGCUCGGAUUCACCUCAGCGCCGAAGGAGGAAGCAGAAAGAGGCAGCGGCGAGAGAGGAGGCGGAGGGGCAGCCGAGCGGGCCCAGGGCCUUCGCGCCCCCGCCAUGAACAGCGUGGGGAGCGCCGACGAGAUCGGGUGAGGGGGGGAGAAAGGGAGGGGGGAAGGCCCUGUCACGUGUGGGGGGGCAGGGCGAGGGGGGGAAGUGGGGGUCACGGGGAGGACACCCCCCUCUGUUUCCACAUAGUAGCCCUGCUGUAAGGGAAGGGGGGAAAGAGGGAGCCCCCACCCCCCAAAAAGACCACACUUGGGGGGAAGUGGGGGUCACGGGGAGGACACCCCCUUCUUCCUCUGUUUCCACAUAGUAGCCCUGUUGUAAGGGAAGAAAGGGAGCCCCCACCCCCCAAAAAGACCACACUUGGGGAGAAGUAGGAAGGCCCUGUCACGUGUGGGGGGGCAGGGCGAGGGGGGAAAGUGGGGGUCACGGGGAGGACACCCCCCCUCUGUUUCCACAUAGUAGCCCUGCUGUAAGGGAAGGGAAGAAAGAGGGAGCCCCCCCAAAAGACCACACUUGGGGGGAAGUGGGGGUCACGGGGAGGACACCCCCUUCUUCCUCCGUUUCCACGUAGUAGCCCUGUUUUAAGGGAAGGGGGGAAAGAGGGAUCCCCCCCAAAAAAGUGCACUCUUACUAUUUAGGGGGAAGGCCCUGUCACCUGUGGGGGGGGCAGGGCGAGGGGGAAGUGGGGGUCAAGGGGAGGACACCCCCCUUCUUCCUCGUGUUUCCACAUAGUAGACCUGCUGUAAGGGAAGAAAGGGAGCCCCCCCCCCAAAAGACCACACUUGGGGAGAAGUAGGAAGGCCCUGUCACGUGUUGGGGGGCAGGGCGGGGGGGGAAGUGGGGGUCACGGAGAGGACCCCCCCUGUUUCCACAUAGUAGCCCUGCUGGAAGGGAAGGGGGGAAAGAGGGAGCCCCCCACCCCCCAAAGACCACACUUACUAUUUAGGGGGAAGGCCCUGUCACGUGGGGGAUAGUGGGGGUCACGGGGAGGACACCCCCCUCUUCCUCUGUUUUCACAUAGCGCUGUUGUAAGGGAAGGGGGGAAAGAGGGAGCCCCCCCCAAAGACCACACUUGGGGGGAAGUGGGGGUCACAGGGAGGACACCCCCUCUUCCUCUGUUUUCACAUAGUGCUGUUGUAAGGGAAGGGGGGAAAGAGGGAGCCCCCCAAAAAGACCACACUUGGGGGGAAGUGGGGGUCACGGGGAGGACACUCCCCUCUUCCUCUGUUUCCACAUAGUAGCCCUGUUGUAAGGGAAGAAAGGGAGCCCCCACCCCCCAAAAAGACCACACUUGGGGAGAAGUGAGAAGGCCCUGUCACGUGUGGGGGGGCAGGGCGAGGGGGAAAGGGGGGUCAUGGAGAGGACACCCCCCCUCAGUUUCUACAUAGCAGACCUGCUGUAAGGGAAAGGAAGAAAGAGGGAUCCCCCCACCCCCCAAAAAGACCACACUUGGGGGGAAGUGGGGGUCACAGGGAGGACACCCCCCUCUGUUUCCACAUAGUAGCCCUGCUGUAAGGGAAGGGAAGAAGAGGGAGCCCCCACCCCAAAGACCACACUUGGGGGGAAGUGGGGGUCACGGGGAGGACACCCCCCUCUUCCUCUGUUUCCACGUAGUAGCCCUGUUUUAAGGGAAGGGGGAAAGAGGGAUCCCCCCCCAAAAAGUGCACUCUUACUAUUUAGGGGGAAGGCCCUGUCACCUGGGGGGGGCAGGGCGAGGGGGGAAGUGGGGGUCACGGGGAGGACACCCCCCUUUGUUUCCACAUAGUAGCUCUGCUGUAAGGGAAGGGGGGAAAGAGGGAGCCCCCCCCAAAAGAGCACACUUACUAUUUAGGGGGAAGGCCCUGUCACGUGGGGGAGGCAGGGCGAGGGGGGAAGUGGGGGUCACGGGGAGGACACCCCCUCUUCCUCUGUUUUCACAUAGCGCUGUUGUAAGGGAAGAAAGGGAGCCCCCACCCCCCCAAAAGGACCACACUUGGGGAGAAGUAGGAAGGCCCUGUCACGUGUGGGGGGGGGCAGGGCGUGGUGGGAAGUGGGGGUCACGGAGAGGACACCCCUCUUCCUCUGUUUCCACAUAGUAGCCCUGCUGUAAGGGAAGGGGGGAAAGAGGGAGCCCCCACCCCCAAAAAAGACCACACUUGGGGGGAAGUGGGGGUCACGGGGAGGACACCCCCUCUUCCUCUGUUUCCACAUAGUAGCCCUGUUGUAAGGGGGGAAAGAGGGAGCCCCCCCCAAAAGACAACUCUUACUAUUUAGGGGGAAGGCCCUGUCACGUGGGGGGAAAGUGGGGGUCACAGGGAGGACACCCCCUCUUCCUCUGUUUCCACAUAGUAGCCCUGUUGUAAGGGGGGAAAGAGGGAGCCCCCCCAAAAAGACCACUCUUACUAUUUAGGGGGAAGGCCCUGUCACAUGGGGGGAAAGUGGGGGUCACAGGGAGGACACCCCCUCUUCCUCUGUUUCCACGUAGUAGCCUUGUUGUAAGGGAAGGAAAAAAGAAGGAGACCCCCCCCCCCAAAAAGACCACACUCUCACACCUUAUUACUGUUUGGGUGAGAUAGGUCUCAGCCCCUUCUCUUCUUUACCUGUCUUUCUCUUUUUUUAUCCUGGCUGUUGAGGGAUUUCUUGGAUUUGGCUGGAGAAGAGAGUGACCUCUAUCCCCACCCCCAGCAGAGGACCCUGCAGUGAAAAGGAAGGGCCUUUUUCCCCCUUCGCAACCACCCUCCUUGCUGCUUUCCCCCUUCCAUCUCUCUCUGCGACAAGAGCCAUAAAUUUUGGGGAGGGGGCCGACGAUCAGCAAGGAGGGCUGCUGAAAGUCAACCACCUAAUAAUGUUCAUUUUUCCUUUAUUUUGGAUCUUUCUCUUUAGUUUCAGAUCUUUCUCUCCCCCAGAGCUCAGGAAGAGGUGGGGAGGGAGGAAGCUGGGUUAACCUUCCUACUUUUUCAGCUAUGAGGCAGGAGUUUCUCCAAAGGAACGCCCCCCGCCCCCCCGCGGCCAGCACACGCUUCUCUGUACCCUCUAUCCCUUGUCUCUCUUGCCCCCUCUGCACUGCAGGGCAAGGUGGGUCAAGGGGUCUUAACUCUUCUCUAUUUUGAGGGUGGGGUUGAAGUUGAGGGCUUGGGAGAGGGCCAGUUUUGGGGGGGGGGUGAGAGGAGCUGCGAGAAACUCUAACGAAAGGCAUCCUCCCUCCGUCUAUCUCCAACCUUUCUCUGUGCCAAAAGGAUGAGCUAUUAAUUAGGGUGGGUUGGAUUCAAAAUAAUAAUGGGUGUGCACUGUGGGGGUUAAGGCCACAGAAGGUGAAAGAGAGCAUGGGGUGGGAGUUGUUAUAUCAGCAGAGCCAUGGGGUGGGGGAGCUAAGUGCACAAAUGGAUUUCAGAAAAACGAGAACCUUGCUUGGUCUGUUGCACCCAAAGCCCCGCUUUCCACAUUACUGAACCAGGUGCUUCCAGAAAGCCCAUAUGGCACCGUCCUGCCUUUAAACAUGGAGGAGGGUUCUCUCUAGGGGGCUGUUGGUCUGUGAUUGCUACUUUGCAGAUAAGCGAAUGGGGAUUUGGAGCACAACCUCCAAUGGAGAGGUGGCUGCUGUUGGGCCUUGAGACCCCAGUGGGUGGGUUGUAUUAGACUAGAGGGCUCCCAGCAGAUACGCAAAGAUCUGUCUCCUGGAUUAUUGGAUGCUGGAGCAGACAUGGCAGCGAAAGGUUCUUUCAGCAUACUGUAUGCUUUUAUAUGGUUGAGGUACUGGACUUGUUCAUUUCUUGGGCUCCAUUCCUUCCAAAACACACAGGGAGGUAAUUCAACUGUUGAGGACGUGUGUUGGUGCAUGUAGUGAUAACACUGUUGGGGAUAAUACUUGUCAGGUGCUCUUAAAUUACUCCUUAGGUAACAUGUGGAUAUAGAUCAAGAUUGUAGUGAGAUUGUGGGCUCAUAUCCAGCUCCCUAAUCAGUUCAGAGGCCCAGGCCAUUUGUUGCCCUCUGACAUGCGUUUUGGGGUUCCUCUCACAACACACCCACCCCAAACCCCCACAUCCUCUGACAUCCUGUUUGCGGCCUUUUGGGUGAUGGGUUUCUAGCCCGGCAGUACAAAUCUAAGGCUGUGGAGCAGCUGGCAGCUUGCACCUGGCUAUGCAGCUGGGGCACAAGGUCAUCAGGUUGGGAUCUGCGGCAGCUCCUUGCUGUGUCUCCCUUGUGAAGAGCUCCAAUUAUUAUCUGAGGUCCCUCUGCACACUUUGUGAGGGGAGGGGGGCAUUGGUUGCUGAACCAUGCUCCUCCUUGUCCCUUUGUGACCCUAUACAAGCCAUCGUAUUCGGACCUUUGCUCUCUCUUGUGCCUCUUAAGUCCCCUUCAGUUGAAGGAGGUUGAGAACCUGUGUAGGACAAGAACACUGGUGAUUCAUCAAUGCUGCCCCGUGAUGCAUGGAGCUCGCCCCUCUUGUGCUGAGCCCGGCUGGCAAAGGCAUGGCUUUGCUUUCAGCCUCUGAGGCCGAGGCAGCCCACACUGGAGGGAUAAAGGCUUAAAAAGAAGAUUCUCUUUUGUAUCUCGUUUUUUACUUCUCUGCCACAUGCAGAUAAGACCUCCUGGGGUGCCCGACGUGCCUUUAAAUUUCUUGUUCCCGGGCAGAUUUCCACAGAUCAAUUUCCAUCCUGGGAAUGGCUGAAUUUGAAGGGGGGUGAGAAAGGGGGGUAAAGCCUUCUAAGGGAUUUCAUGCUUUUAAUCUAUAACCUCAAAAUAGCUCACUGGUUGAGUCUUUGUAUAUGUCGUCCUUAGUCACCGUGCUCCAAAUGUUGAACAGGAUGUCUGCAGUACAGUAUGUAGGAAAAGAGCUGGGGGAAUAUAUCUAAGCCCUAGCUGACUAAGCUUCCAUUCUAUAGGAAAUAAGCAUACAUAGCCUGAAAUCGAAGAAACUUUACUAUGCUGAAAAUGGAAAAGAUGCUUAAAACCAGCAACUAUAAUAUUUAGAUUACGCCUCCAUACAUUGCUUCACAUUUAGUUUAAUAUCAAGCAGUUUGAUCAUAAAGUUUCUUCUACUAUCGGGCCCAUGCUUAAGGGUACGGCAUGCAGAAUGAGCAUGGUGGCAAAAGUAUAAACAUUAUGCCAGGGUUGCAAGUAGGCAGUCAUCUGAAUACUUUUUGGGAUGUGACAAGAAGAAUGGCUCGUCCUUUGGGUUCUACUCAUUGGGAAGAUUUCUGCUCUGUGAGUUGUGAAGCAUUUUCGCAUCAAAGUCUACCUGUUCCUUGAGUCUUACACCAUCCCUCAUAAAGCUAAUUCAUAUUCCCAUCUGAAAUGCACUUAAAGACAUUCAUUCCUUGCAGGCUCUUUCCUUGUGGUGUGUUGCUAAGCCGUUGUUGACAUUUCUGCUUUAAGCGUCUUGAGGUUGGGCCCUGUCUUUGUUACUUGGUAAAGCAUCAAGUACGUUGUUGCUGCUGCAGUAAUUUUUAAAAGAAAAAUACUGAUAAGCUAUACUGCCUUACCAUUGUCAGAGUAGCACUCAAAGUGGCAGGAAACAAGCUGCUUCUAUCAGCCUUGUUCAUAUGAGCUGAAUUUUAAAUUUUUAAACUGAGCUGUAAAACCUCAGGUGAAAAAUAUACCAUAUUUUUUGCUCUAUAAGACUCACUUUUUCCCUCCUAAAAAGUAAGGGGAAAUGUGUGUGCGUCUUAUGGAGCAAAUGCAGGCUGCGCAGCUAUCACAGAAGCCAGAACAGCAAGAGGGAUUGCUGCUUUCACUGCGCAGCGAUCCCUCUUGCUGUUCUGGCUUCUGAGAUUCAGAAUAUUUUUCUUCUUGUUUUCCUCCACCAAAAACUAGGUGCGUGUUGUGGUCUGGUGCGUCUUAUAGAGCGAAAAAUACGGUACCUGAAAAGCCCAAAGGUUCUUAGCAGUCACCUAUGACCAGUGCAAAUCCACUUCAGGCAACAAUGCAGUAAAUACUUUUAUUUUUAAAAGGCCACAAUGACUAAAAUAGGUAAGUGUAGACCUCCUAUGUCAGUGGUAAGGAACCUGUGGUCCUCCAGAUGUUGGACUACAAUCUGAGUCUGCCUCAGCCAACAUGGCCAAUGGUCAGGGAGUUCAUCAACAUCUGGAGAGCCAUAGGUUCCCCGUUAUUGGUCUAAAAAGGUAAAGGGACCCCUGACCAUUAGGUCCAGUUGUGGCUGACUCUGGGGGUGCGGCGCUCAUCUCGCUUUAUUGGCCGAGGGAGCCGGCGUACAGCUUCCGGGUCAUGUGGCCAGCAGGACUAAGCCGCUUCUGGAGAACCAGAGCAGCGCACAGAAACACCGUUUACCUUCCCGCUGGAGCGGUACCUAUUUAUCUACUUGCACUUUGAGGUGCUUUCGAACUGCUGGGUUGGCAGGAGCAGGGAACGAGCAACCCCGUCGCGGGGAUUCGAAACGCCGACCUUCUGAUCGGCAAGUCCUAGGCUCUGUGGUUUAACCCACAGCGCCACCCACAUCCCUUGGUCUAGGUCAAGGUAUAUGCGAGACUGGACAAGCAACCUGUAGACCCAUUGCAAGUGGGACUGGAUUUCCUCUAGACUUCCUUCAUAAAGAUUCAAUGAAUGCUCUUUGUUUGUUGGCAUAACAAGUGCUAGAUCCUGAUGCCAGUUAGCAACAGCAGAAUUCUCAGCGUUACGGGUGCUGUCGAUUCUGGGUGUCCUCACAACACUUAUAAAAUUCUAAUAGCAAAUGCGUUUUUUUAAUUUCCUGAUCCUGUGGAAUGUGGCACAGUAAAUGUGGCCAGAAUAAUCUGUGUUGUUUUAAUAAAUUGGAUUUGUAAGCUUAUUUGUAGCUUGCUCGUUAUUUGUGGUUUCAUAGGAAACUGUUUUCCUUCUGUGGUGAAGAGAAAGAUAAUGCAAUAGGAAUGGGCUGAUUUUAGGCACAAUGGAAGAGCUUGGUUUGCUUCUGAGAGAGAGAGAGAGAGAGCCUUCAAGGAGCCUCUGAUUUAAUUUCGUUUGUUUGCUAUGUUUGCAGGGCAUCCCAUAACAUAAAGUUCUCUGGGUGACGUACAGUAAAUAAGUUUUAAAAAAUUGAAAUACAAAGUAAAACAUGAAGCCAUUCAAGAACAGCAUCAACACACCACAACUUGAUGCACCCCACCAUUAAAAAACAGAGCUCUAAAUUACUUAAGUAAUUUUAAAGGGCUGGUUAGAAAAAAAUGAUAUUCACCUGUCACCAGAAAGACCACGAAAUUUUACUAGGCGAGUGGCUAGCGCCAUAGCAUUGGUGGGGUCACAGGGGCGGUUGCUCUCGGCGCAAAUAUUCUUAGGGGUGCAAAAUUUCAAAAGAAAAAGUAGUAGUAAUAAAUUUUAAAAAUAGUGUGCCCUCCCUCUCACAUUUAAAUCUCCCAAUGUCCUCUGCACGGGCUUUGGAAAGAAGCCUGCUCCCGACCAAUCCCCCAUUCCAUUUUCUGCCAUGCUCAGUGCUUACGGGACGCCACGGCUGCUACUCGGGUAUGUUGCUUAGUUUUUGCCCCUUAGUUCCCGCCUAUCGAUAGACAGUGCCAAGGAUACUUGCCUUGCCCCGGGCUUUGGCAACCCAUGUUACGCCACUGGGUGAGCCUUCCUGGCAAGCCUAUUGCUUCACCAAAGUGCCCUCUCCUCUCCUUGGUAGUUGCCUGCCUUGCUUCAUUCAGCAGGGACAGCUGGAACAGGCCCUCCAAAGAGGAUCGUAAGGUGUGGGCAGGUAUGUAUGUGAGAAGGUGGCCUUCCAGGUCACUUAGUCUGAAGUUAUUUAGAGCCUUAAAGGUUUAAAUUGAGCACAGAAACAGACUAGAUUAGCCCCAGUUAAUCUUGCGGUGCUUUUCUUGACCAACUGCAUCUUCCAGGCCAUUUUCAGAGGCAAUCCCACAUCCAUCUCAGGUAACAGAGCAUGGGUGAUUGUUGCCAAACUGUCUCCAUCCAGGCAAGGUUGCAGCCUGCAUACUGGCCGAAUCUGAUAAAAGGUGCUUGUGCUGCUGCUGUUGCAUCCUUGCCCUUCUUCCUCACCUCGUGCUCAGCAAUUGCAUCCUUUCCUGGAAGUAAAGGAGGGACAGAAUUGCCAUGCACACAGAGCGAGGAGAGGGAGCGCGCAAGCCCAAGGCUCCUUUAAGGCUCUCCUUUGGAGAGCCAGUGUGGUGUAGUAGUUAAGAGCGGUAGACUCGUAAUCUGGUGAACCGGGUUCGCUUCUCCGCUCCUCCACAUGCAGCUGCUGGGUGACCUUGGGCUAGUCACACUUCUUUGAAGUCUCUCAGCCCCACUCACCUCACAGAGUGUUUGUUGUGGGGGAGGAAGGGAAAGGAGAUUGUUAGCCGCUUUGAGACUCCUUAGGGUAGUGAUAAAGCAGGAUAUCAAAUCCAAACUCUUCUUCUAUUUCUCACGAAUGCCUCGAGGUAUGGAAAUUAUCGCACAGAACCGAGUCUGGCAAUUGUGAAGGGUGUUUGUUGGAUGCUUAGCACACAAUUCACAUACAGCAAAUUCAUAAAAAUGGCACAGGACCUAAAACCAAAAGUCAGAGGCUGCUCAUCCAAAUCCGACAUAUGGUUCCUCAGCAGCAAGCUCAGUGGUGCUUAGUACCAAAUCAGUCUGAAUUGGACUGCAUCUAGCCGGAGAAAAUUCUCCAUGGCCAUUAAAGCUAUUUAUUUAUUAAAUUUCUAUCUCGACCUUCCAGUGGCGCCCAAAAUAAUCCAAGGGAGCGAGAGCCUAUAAAUAAUAUGGAUUGCUUUUCUGUGCUUUGCUACCCUGUUCCUCGGGGCUUUCAGUUAGGUAUGUAGAAGUACCUGUUCCUUGUUGUUGCUGUUGUUAGUAGCAUUUUGUUUUAGCGUUAAGGAAAGUGUUGCUUAAAAUGAAGGGUCAAGCAAACCCGGUUCCCCAUGGCAUAGGAGAUGAGCUGCUGGUAAAAUAGUUAAGAUGGCAGUGACCGAGCGCUGGAAGAUGAGAGGUUUUGUUGGAACGGUUUGGUGCAAGGUAGCUUGCUUCUCUCGUGGUCUGUUUAUUUAUUUAUUUCUCCAUGCCAUCUUCAGGCUGCAGCGGCGGUUUGUUCUGCAUUUGCUCAGUGUACCAGAAUCCCAUCUAACACAAAGCCAAAGGCCAAAACUGUCUUAGCUUGUGGCAAUCUAUGGAGCUGUGUAUAAAUAGCCACACUUUAUUUACAUACAGCUGCUCUGCUUGACCUCAGAAAACCCUGCACUUUUUUUUUUGUCUGAAUAUUUGUCAAGGUGGCCAGAAAUAAUUUACAAUAGAGCUGGAAGACUGAAAAGAUUUCAAAGUCCCUCCUCCUUGCAGAGAUAUGCUUGGCUUAGGAUAUGUUUUGAGGCGGGGGGGGGUGUUACAGUAAUUUUAAUGGAAUGGUUGGCUGCUCUGAGCCCCUUCAGUAAAAGGGGGGAAAUGGGAUUUAAUGUGUUAGGGAACAUGCCAGAGCAGGGUCAGGGACAAGUAAAACCAACCCCAUAUCCAUAGUUUGCCAUUUAUUGUCAUUUCUGUUGGGUGACCUUGUGCCACUUGCAACAUCUCAGCCUCAGUUUUUUGUAACAUGGGAAUCUUAAUGCUCUCUACCUUUCCGAAUUUUUGCAAGUCAAUGAGAAUGGGAAAGCGUUUUGCAUGUGGAAAAGAUUCCUAGCGUCAACAUCCUCAAAUUGCCUUAGCCCUCUGGAAUGAGUGUGCUUCAUCAAUAGACUAUAUUUCAGCACGUGAACUUCCUUGCAUGCAAGUUGUUUUAGUCACACACACACCUGACAUCCAAGAAUUAAGCAGUACCCCUCCAGUGUAGCCAUUAGUUCCACACAAGUUGCUUCUCCCCCUUUCAUUGGUGAAUAAUAGGGUGCCUCUCAAGUAUUCAUUAGACCUGUGCGGUUGGGAUUGUGCUUGGGCAUCUCUUGAUGCCUGCUUCAGCCAAGCUUGUGAUAAGAUUGUGGGUGAGCGCUGGAGUCCUGCCUUGCUAACAGUGGUGGUGACAUCUCUCGGUAUUGAUGUCCCUGGACAACCCUCCUCCGUAGGCACACUCUGUGCUUUCUGCGCAGCCAUUGAUGGGCAGUGCGCAUUAUUAAAGCGAGCUGAAACACUUGGAGCGGUAUUCAUGCGUUUGCACGGAAAGCUGCCCUGAACUCUGCACUAGUUAAAAAAAAAAAGGAAAGUUCUUUUUGUUGGAUGUCUGUUUUCCCAGUGGUAGAUUUCAAGAGCUCGGAUAAACCUGAAUUUGUCUGAUCUUAAGCAAGGGCUGGGAUGCGGGUGGCGCUGUGGGUUAAACCACAGAGCCUAGGACUUGCUGAUCAGAAGGUCGCGGUUCUAAUCCCCGCAACGGGGUGAGCUCCCGUUGCUCGGUCCCUUCUGCCAACCUAGCUGUUCGAAAGCACACCAGUGCAAGUAGAUAAAUAGGUACCGCUCCGGUGGGAAGGUAAACGGCGUUUCCGUGCGCUGCUCUGGUUUGCCAGAAGCGGCUUAGUCCUGCUGGCCACAUGACCCGGAAGCUGGACUCUGGCUCCCUCAGCCAGUAAAGCGAGAUGAGCGCCGCAACCCCAGAGUCGGUCACAACUGGACCUAAUGGUCAGGGGUCCCUUUACCUUACUCUCCUGAAGAUUUGCUCUUCAGCCCCAUGUGAAAUGAUCUUGAGGCUGGGUUGAGUUUUAAUACCUGGUGGUAAAGUUCUAACACCUGGAGCUGGUUUGGGCAAAGCUUACUUGAUGGUAAAGCAGCAGCUGCAAUAAUACUAAUAUUAAUACUAAUACUAAUACUAAUAAUAGAGUACUUUCCCCUGCCUCCACUGCAUCCUGCCUGCAUUAGAGAUCAUAGGAGCAUUGAAAGCUGCCUUUACCAGGUCAGGCUAUUUGUCCAUCCUGCCCAGUGUUUUAUACCCCAACAGGAAGUGGCUUUCUAGGGGCUCAGAAGGGGCCUUUUACAUCACCUGCUCCUGUUUAACUGGAGGUGUCAACCUGGAUCGAACCUGGGUCACUCCGCAUGCAAAGCAAGCCUUAGACACUGGGUUCCAGUUCUACCUUCCUGGCGAUACCAGCAGUGAUGGAAGUUCACGAUGCUGUCAUAAGUGUCCUGUGCAGCAAAAUUUCCCUCAAAGAACCUGUUGUUGCUCAGCCUCCCGCGGCACUUAGAACUAGCUUCCAGCGAGACUUGUCUGUCUGAUGGCAACCAUCCUUAGGGUGUGGCUCGCCUGCAGAGUAGAUCCAGUUUUCUGGCUCAAGUUGACAAGACAAAGCCAUUAGUCAUCGGGUAGGGUAGUUCUUUUAUCUUGGUGCCCAGAGAAAGAGAUAUAAAAAGAACUGCCUUCUCUGCGUGGGGAGGUGUGCUUGGUUCGUCUUUGCUUGGGGUUGGGUGGUGGUGGAGACCAGAGUUCUCCCUUAGUGAAUGAAUUGUAGAUGAAGCAGCAACAUUGUGACGUCAAGUGUAGUCCUCAUUACUGCUGCGGUGUCAUGGGAGAAGGGUACAUGAUGUUGCCCUCUCCUACCCACCAAGGGUCACAUGUUGCAUUGUAUUGCAUUUGUAGGUUGGGUUGCUGUUAUGAGGUAGAGCCCUGGCUCUUGGCUUUGUUCUGCUGGACACAUACAUAAAAAGGUAGAGGGACCCCUGACCAUUAGGUCCAGUGGUGAACGACUCUGGGGUUGCAGCGCUCAUCUCGCUUUACUGGCCGAGGGGGCCGGCAUACAGCUUCCGGGUCAUGUGGCCAGCUUGGCUAAGCCGCUUCUGGCGAACCAGAGCAGCGCAUGGAAACGCCGUUUACCUUCCCGCCGGAGUGGUACCUAUUUAUCUACUUGCACUUUGACGUGCUUUUGAAUUGCUAGGUUGGCAGGAGCAGGGACCGAGCAACGGGAGCUCACCCCGUCAUUGCGGGGAUUCGAACCGCCGACCUUCUGAUCGGCAAGCCCUAGGCUCUGUGGUUUAACCCACAGCGCCACCCGUGUCUCAUGGACACAUACAUACCAGCAUUCGAAAUUUGCCAGGCGCAUUAUGCACCUGGCUAUUGGCCACUUGCAACCAAGUGAAGGUGCUCAGGCACCAGGAUAGCACCUGACAUCUCCAUCACCUGGAGGUUCAUGCCUGGGGAUCCUUGGAUCUUGACUGUUUUCACACACCAACAACACAUCCUGUAGAAUCCUACCCAUUAUAUUUUGUCUGCGCAAUCAGAAUUAAUUUCAGGAUCAAAAAAGCUGUAUUGAAAACUACAACUCUGCAUUCCAUUAUGGUGACUGCCACUCUAGUUUAAGGAGCCAUUUGGCGCCCAGCUUAUAUAUCUGAGUUUCUAACACUGAUACACACUACACCUGCUCUCUGUAUGCUUUUGGGAAACCAUAAUUGGUGAUAGAGGAGAAGGAUGCUUCUGUAAUGAGCAGUAGAGAGGCACAAUUAAUGCUGGGCCGCAGACGAGAGUAUUUACCAAGCAUGGUCUGCAUGGUUGUGUACAUCAUCUUGUACCAUGAGGGCUAGAAUCCUGAGCAAAAGAGAAAGUAGUUUAGCACCAGCUGAGGAGUCAAAUCCUCUCAGCCACAAGUUAAUCGACACAACAUACCUGCUGGGUUAAGAUCAGCAAGGGAUUUUAUGCCUGUUCUUAAACAUGCAUGUAUUUAUUUGUAAAAUAUCUAUAGAUAACACUUUCAGUGUAACUCCCCCCCCCCCCCCGCCAGUGGGGAAGAUUGCUUUGUGUUACAGCUCUGCAUCCCAGCCGGUGUGCUUGUCAUUUUGCCAUUGUCAUAUCUCUCAUUAUUGCUGAAAUGUUUCUCAUAAUUAAGACAAAAACAGUGUGCUUAUUUGACUUCUUUACCCAAAUGGGUGAACAUGUCUAGGCAGGGACCGCGUCUCAAUGGCAGGCCAUCCGCUUUGCAUUCAGAAGGUCCCAACCCAAGUCCCUGACAUUGUUAGUUUAAACAGUGUAAGUACCAGCUUAUUUGGGAAAAGACCCAUCUGCCUGAGACCCUGGAAAGCAGCCUUCCCCUACCUUGUGCCCUCCAGAUGUUUUGAACUGCACCUCCCAUCAACUUCAGCGUCAUGCAGCCAAACUGGCUGGGGCUGUUUGGGGUUGUAACCCAUCGCAUUGGAGGGCAACAGGUUAGGGAAAGCUGAUGAGGGCCACUUAAGAGACCUAUAGCCUCACCUCCCUCUUUUGUCUGGCUUGAGCCUGCUUUAACUUGAGCCACGUUUGUGCUGUGCCGAAGACUUCCUGCUUCCCUAGAGAAGCACACACACAAUUAGAUGUUUUUGUGGUGCUUAAGUUUCCUUUCAACAGCUCCUGCCAUACACCUGGCUCCCCCACCUGUGGGGUUAAUCAUGUCAUUGUGUUUGGGGAUUCACUAAUAACUUGUUUGCCAGCCAGGAGGUCUGUUCCUCUAUUUGUGGUUUUGCCUCCUCUUAGCCCAGUGGCAGCUGAGUUCAAUUCUGUUACUGAAAGCCAAUUCCUUAGCUGAGCAUGUGCUCAGAGACAUCUCUGAUUCUGCCUGCCCCUGCCCCCAAGCCACUGUUCUGUACCUCCCUCCAAAUAGUGGGUCUCAGGACUGAAUAUAAUAUGAACUGAAAGCUUGCUCUUGUCCAGAACUGGGCAUCCAGUUGAAACCAAAAGUUGCCAACCUUCCUUUUGUCAAUAAAAACCCCAAGUGCUUUCCUUGCAUUAAAGUGGCAUAAACAAAACAUUUCAAAGAGUUAAUUGCUUGCUCUGUUCUCUUUCCCACCCCGGGAGUGUUUGGGGGAACAAGAUAAAUAGGCAUAGCUGUCCUUCCAACUUUACAAUUUUAUGAUUCUAUACCCUUGAGGGGUAAACUUUGUUAAUUGGAGGAGGGUGGGGGGGCGGAUUUUUAACAUCUGUCAGUCUGUUGUUUUUUUUUAAAGAAUAUUUAUUCCAAUUUUAAAGUUACAAAAAAAAAAAGAUAUAGAAAAAAAACAAACCACAUACAUCUUACAAAAAACAGACAGUAAAAAAGAAAUAAAAAAAAACAAAAAAUCACAAUAGAAAAUGACAAAAAUCAAAUUAGACCAUUACAACCAUUUUCCCAUUUACUUAUUUCCAUGACUUCCUCUCACCUCCCUGCUUUGUAUUCUAGUUUAAAUCGUAUCUCCAGCAAAUCCUUCUAACCUUCUUUUCUUUUACUUAUUUUAACAUUCGAAAGUAUUUAAUUCUCCUCUAUCCUCAUUUUACACUUCAUAUUUACUUAUUCCAUUAUACCCUGUCUGCCAAUACGGUCUAAUAUUCUUCUCCAACCUUUUUCUAACAUUCUUUUAUAUUACAGUGUUUCUGAAGAUAUAUUUUAAAUUUUUUCCAGUCUUCUUCCAUCAACCCUUCUAACAUCAACCCUUCUUAACAUCUGUCAGUCUGAGCUGUAUCCUGGUGCUGGAGGUGAUGGGAAGCUGAUGGUGCCUGGGUCUUGAAUUGCUGCACCUUUGAGGGAAGCCUUUGUCUCUGCCGCUGGUGUUUUCCCAACAGUCCCUCUCCCACCCAUAUGGCGUGCAAGCGGAGCGUGUUGCCAUUUGCAUUGCUGAUGGAUGGUACUGUUUGCCUUAAUGAAAGCGAGCAUGAGAAAGCAUGAACUGAGGUGGAAGGAUUUUCUCAUACUUCAGUGGCCUUGAAGAUCCUUUGGCUUGGGAGGCGGCGGCGGCGGCAGAGGAAUCCCAAUGUGUGGAUAGAACCUAGAACCAAGGCCCAGUGUUUUUUGGCCUUGUUCAGGUAUCUGCUUGUGUUAAUGGGGGAGCGAAGAGAAUCCUUUAUUGUGGGGGAGGGAUAGGUAAAGGGACCCCUGACCAUUAGGUCCAGUCGUGACCGACUCUGGGGUUGCGGUGCUCAUCUCACUUUACUGGCCGAGGGAGCCGGCAUACAGCUUCCGGGUCAUGUGGCCAGCAGCACUAAGCCGCUUCUGGAGAACCAGAGCAGCUCACGGAAAUGCUGUUUACCUUCCUGCCAGAGCGGUACCUAUUUAUCUACUUGCACUCUGACAUGCUUUUGAAUUGCUAGGUUGGCAGGAGCAGGGACCAAGCAACGGGAGCUCACCCCAUCGCGGGGAUUCGAACCGCCGACCUUCUGAUCGGCAAGUCCUAGACUCUGUGGUUUAACCCAGAGCGCUACCCGCGUCCCCGGGGGAGGCAUAUGUAUCCCCAAAAAUUGUGUGUGUGUAGAGUUAUGUCCUUGGGGUUGUUGUUUUUUUACAUGUGGCACUUAGACUGAAGAUUGACUCUCCUUGUGGGGUACAAUGAUGAGCUUUGUCUGUUCCGGCGCUGGAGUUUAAAACAAUGAAAAUAUUUUUCUGUCUAGCAAGUGGAGAGUGCAUUCACAGGGAGGGUCAGGUGUGCAUCUCUAGCAUAGAGGGAUAGGGCGCAAAAAGCUGAAAUGCCCCAGGUGGGAAGGAUGGGGAACCUGUAGCUCUUCAGGUGUUGCUAAACUCCAGCACCUAUCAUCCCUGAUAUAUGGCUGGGGCUGGUGGGAACUGGAGUUGAAGAACCCCUGGAGCACCCCGGGCUCUGCCUCUCCCUGCCCCAUGGCACACCGUUUGACUGUAAUAGUUCCAUUGGCUUCGAAGCCCUAAUGAGCCACAGUCCUAAUGUUCCAAUGCUCAUAUGACAGCAUUAGUGUUCAAAUUACACCGUUACGUUACCAUGCACCUAAGGUUCUAGUGCUGGCAGGAGUGCGUCUAGAAAAGCGAGGAGGUAUUCUUGAUGGAGAGCCUGCCAGGCCCUCUGCUGGCAGUUCAAGCCCUAAGCUGGGCAUAGGCUAGGUGAACUUGUUGAGUAGGUCGCUUGAGCACUGCAGCAGCUGUGAGGUCCUUCCUCGCCGCCUGCAAAAUAAAAGGGCACUUGCAAAAAGUGGUUGCUGCCGGUAGUGAAUUACUUGCUGGACGCCUUCCCGGGAUGCAGUUCAAUUCCUGAGGCACAAACGGUUUGUCUGAAUCAGUUUAGGGGAAACAAACGGCCUGCCAGAAUGGCUUUCCAGGGCCUUUGUGGUCUAGUGAAUAGGGUGUUAGCGAGAGAUCGAAGUUGAAAUAUCAGCUGAGCUGUGACCUUUCUUGGUUGCCUUGGGAAACUGCUACCUCUGUUUUAGCCUUGGUAAAAGGGGCAGAACAAAGGCUUUCUUCAAAGGGCAGCUGAGUGGAAUGAGAUUCAGGCUGUAAAGUAUUGGCACAUCUUUUCACAAUAUAUCUAUAUAUAUAAACCAGCACUCCGUACAUUCUUAAUAUUGUGCUUUUUGCAAUGGUGUGGUGGAGUAAUGAUCAUUAAGAAAUUUUGCUUUAUUCUGACACGUUGCUUCAUAAGGUAAGUAAAAGUGCUGAGCUAACUCUUGGGUAGUAGUACAUUUACAAUCUACAAAGCAUGCACGCACUGCUACACACUGCCUAUUAUGGUAUAGCACCUUACUAGGAGAGCGUUUGUGUAGAUUGUGGGCUGUCAGAUUUCAAGGGGCCUUUGUUUCCACAGAGCAGAUACUAACCUUUGUGUUCUUUGAAUUACAGAAAGCUGUUUGUGGGUGGCCUUGACUGGAGUACCACGCAAGGUAACCGUUUCCUAAAUUGACCAUGCACAUCUUACUGGGGUUCAGAUCCCCUACCUCUGGGCUGCUGCUCUCGUUGUAUCGUGGCUUUGAGAGGGCUGCCUCAUGCCAAAGCCUUUGGGUUUCCCUGAGGCCAGUGCAGCCUCAGAUGUCUGAGAGAUGGGGGUGGGGAGCUACUGGGAGGAUAGUGGUUAGCGAGUGAGAGCACAAAUCCUCAAGCCUUAUUAAAACGAGCCUCCCUAUAACUACAAGUUGCUCCUUGUGCCUUGGCUGUCUUGCCUCCACCAUUAAGCUGUCCUUCUGUGGACCCUACGAGUCUGUUCUGAACAGCGUUCCGCUGCUUCUCAAAGCACUGAAUGGCUGGGAACCCGUUUUAAGGUAACGAAUACUUCAAGCAUCUGUUUUGGUUGCCCUGCAGGGGCUAUGUCUGCCAUCCCUCCUGGAUCCGUCCUUCUCUUGCGGGUUUCCCACAGGCUUCUGGUUCACCACUAUGAGAACAGAACGCUGGACUAGAUGGGCUGUUGGCCUGAUCCUGCGGGCUUUCCUUAUGUUCUCAAAAAAAGUGCAAGCCAGCUUGAGACCAUGUGUUGUGGGGGUGCAUUUAUUUCCGUCUCCGCCCACGUUCUGUCUCCCGGCAAAUCGUCCUCAACAAAAUGCGUGUGUGUGUGCUUCUUCAACAGAAACUCUCCGCAGCUACUUUUCCCAGUAUGGGGAAGUUGUCGACUGUGUUAUAAUGAAAGAUAAGACGACGAAUCAGUCGCGAGGGUUUGGAUUCGUCAAAUUCAAAGAUCCCAAUUGUGUGGGGACAGUCCUGGCCAGCAGGCCUCACACAUUAGAUGGCCGAAAUGUAAGUUUGGGGUGGGGUGGGGGAGUGAUUGCUUUCCCAGUUAUUUCUUAAGCUAAGCAGGCAGCUGUAACUGUGACUGACUGAAUAAUUAAAAGCUCCUUCCCUAUGUGACUGAACUGAGGCCGAACCUAAUUAGAACUAGGCUUUUAGGGGGACUUUCAGCCCUUCUCUUAUACGCUCUCCCCCAUACCUUAACAUCUGCUCACGAUAUCAUGGGUGGUGAACAGUGAGAUUCCCCUCUCCCCUUGACUGCUAGAUGAACCCUCCUUUCCUGUUUUUGGAAUUGCCACCACCCCAAAGUAUCUCUUGGUCAGUGGGGCGCGCAUCAGGUUAAGUAGCUGCCCUUGUGUGUUCUGCUGUCCCUUGGAUUUGCGAAGUCUGGCAGGUGGCUGCUGUCAUGCUCUUGCGAAAUGAAAGUGUGGCGUAAACGAGGCAGGCUUGCAAAUCAAUCCACCAGCGUUGGACUUGACAGCCUGCCCAUCAGUUUCCCGAAGGGGAUUAAGGCCCAGCUCUCUUUCCAGUUUGCAGCAGCCUCACUGCCCUGGUCCUUGCCAGCCCUGACUCGCAGGCGAGUGGCCAUUUACACACUAGGGAGGAGUGGGCAAGCAGCCAGCCCUGAGAGCAACUGGUAGGUCCACUUUGAUUCAGAGUUUCCUAGCCUGCCUGUAUUUAUCCAAAGCAUUUUUACUCGGCUCUUGAGCAAAACGAAACUAAAAGGCUCCCAGGGCAGCUUCCAAAUCAGUCCCUGCCCUCUGGGAUUUCAAAGACAUGGCGUGGAAAAGGGAUUGGGGAGGAGGAGGAAUAAUAAUAAUAAUAAUAAUAAUAAUAAUAAUAAUAAUUUAUUAUUUAUACCCCGCCCAUCUGGCUGGGCUUCCCCAGCCACUCCGGGCAGCUUCAAAAAAAAUAUUAAAAUACUGUAAUACAUCAAACAUUAAAAGCUUCCCUAAACAGGGCUGCCUUCAGAUGUCUUCUAAAAGUCUGGUAGUUGUUGUUCUCUUUGACAUCUGGUGGGAGGGCGUUCCACAGGGAGGGCGCCACUACCGAGAAGGCCCUCUGCUUGGUUCCCUGUAACUUGGCUUCUCGCAGCGAGGGAACUGCCAGAAGGCCCUCGGUGCCGGACCUCAGUGUCCGGGUAGAACGAUGGAGGUGGAGACGCUCCUUCAGAAAGAAGAAAGAAAGGAGGCUUGGGCACAAGUUCUUCGUUAGCAGUUUCUUAUAACGACUGGCUAGAAUGUACAAGGAGAGGAGGAGCUAAACAUUGCUGGUCUCUCAGCUGUGCGUUGAUUUAAAGGCCCUGCCAUCCCUUCUCUCCUCCUGCCACAUAGCCUGGUGGCUGCCUUUAGAGAAGAUGACUGUGCUGAGUUGGUACACAUCUGCCUGUGUUAGAAUUGCCCCAAUGGGCUUCUUGAGAGACGCUUUCAGCUGUCCACAGGAGGGCAGGACCUACUGGUCACCGCUCAGCUUGCUUGUUUGAAUGCCAGCAUCGGGCAAAGCCAGCUUCGGGUCUUCUUUUCUUUUCAAAUAAAACUCUGGCUUGCCCUGCCUCCUGUUUCACCCUCUCCCUUGUUUGACAGAUUGAUCCAAAGCCUUGCACCCCUCGCGGAAUGCAGCCAGAGAGAACCCGACCAAAGGAGGGAUGGGUAAGGAAGCCGCUUUGGCGUGCGUCGCUCUCCGCUCUUUCCUCCCUCGGUGCCCUUACUGAGCUGCCAAUGUUUGUUUCCCAUGUCCAAAUUCUGAGGAGCUUCGUUAACCCGCUGGAAGCAGGGCAGCAAAAUUCAGCCGCACUGUCAAAAAACAAAUGAAGCUCUGGGGACUGGGUUACCAGAUGUCACCGCUUGCUGAAAGCAGCCAUGUUUCAGUGUGCUCAGCUGAACCCGCUGAUCUUCACGAUCUGGCGCUCGGGGGGGGGGGGGGAGUAGCUAUGGUUUUGAUACUGACACAUGAACAUUGUUGUGUUCAGAUGCCUCCUUGCCCAAUGAAUAUUUAUUAUUGAUGUUUAUAUUAUGUCUAUCCUUCCCCCGCAAAGGAAUUGUUCAAGGGGGGAAUAGAAAGGAGCCAUAAGUGUUAUAAGAGCCAGUAACAGUCAGCACAGGCCAGGAAAGGCAUUAGCCAUAAAGUCUUAGUGACCAAAUGUGUCUUCAUUUCCUGACCUCCCUUGUUGUAGUUAAGUAGCUUAGCUGGCUUCACUGGGGAGCAGUUGCUACCACAAUGAAGGGUCCACCGAAUGUCCUGGUGUGCUUGUUCGAUUUGUGAAGUCAAGGGGUUCUGUUGGGUCAGCUCCUCCUGUCAGUUAGGAGCAGCCCAGCCUUGGGAGCAUGUAGGGUAAGUCUCUUCAGCUUGGGGAUUUUUCCAGAGUUCUGCCUACACAUCUGCCCUCUGGGGUUUUCUGCCAGUGUCUCCAUUUGCCACCCACAUCGGUUCCAGGUUCCCUGGCAUACUGUCCCCUUGCUUUCGGCUCCAUCCAUGCCUGUGAGCUCUCAGCGGCCCAUUCCCUUCUCCCACUCCCACCCUUGUCCCUGUUUUUUAACUACCGUAUUUUUCGCUCUAUAGGACGCACUUUUUCCCCUCCAAAAAUUGAGGGGAAAUGUGUGUGCGUCCUAUGGAGCGAAUGCAGGCUCCUUGGCUUCAGCGAUAACAAUGCUAAGCCUCCCAAGCGCAGAGGGAGCACUCCCUCCGUGCUCCAGAGGCUUCGUGUUGCUUUCGCUGAAGCCCUCUCGCUCUCCAGGCUUCAGGGAUUGCCGUGCGCAGCCCCUCCGGCAGGGAGAGGCUGCACGGGGCUAUGGCUUCUUUAGCCCCGCGCAGCUUCUCCCGGGAGGGAGAGGUUGCGUGGGGCUAAAGAGGAAGCCAAAACAGGCCAGUGGGAUCCAUCCCACUGGCUGCCUUGGCUUGUGCCAUAGCCACGCGCAACCACUCCGGCAGGGAGAGGUUGCGCGCAUCCUGUACGCUGCUCUUUGGGGCUGGGGGGGAAAUAAGAUUAUUUUUCUUGAUUUCCCCUCCUAAAAACUGGGUGCGCCCUAUGGUCCGGUGCGCCCUAUGGAGCGAAAAAUACGGUGUGCUCUCCACAGAGUGUCCUCUCUCUCCUCCUCUGCUCUCAAGCCAUGCCUUCAGCCUCCAUUUCUGCCAAGCUUUUCCGGACCUGCACUGCAACUCUGCUUUCCUUGAUAAUCAGCCCUUGCUAUCAAAUCCUUCCCUCCCUUCUCACCUUUGUCCUGUUUGCUGUACUUGAUCGCUGCCCAUCUCACUUAUACGGAGGAGGCAUGGGUGGGGAAGAAAUGAUUACAGUGUUCUUAACAGCACUUCCACGCGCAGGCAGAGUUCAGUUCACGCACGGCAACUUAACUUGGCGAGUCGUUCCAAGGUGCCUGCUCCAGUAGCGUGAGCCUUUUAGGUGCAGCUGGUUUUCAAGAAAGGUAACGUCUGAAUUGUCCACCUUCUGGCCGAUGUGAUUCCAUCCACAUGCAAAUAUGUCAUUUCAGCACCCUGGGCGCACAUUUGUAGCACAACGCAUCAGCACUUCCUUCCAGUAGGACAGGAAGACUUGUGACUAUUGUUCACCGCUUCAGUUGUUGAAUUAUUGGGGGGGGUUAGGGAGGUGACCUAGCCCCCCAAUAGCCUUUGCUCAAAAGCCCCUACAAAACUCGGAUAAGAGGACCAAUACAAAUGGUAAGAGGAAUGGACUUCCUCUCUACCUUUACCCAUUGAAAACAUCUCUCUCAACUCCCACCCCACUGGUGCGGCCUCAUAUAUACCGUAUUUUUUGCUCUAUAAGACGCACUUUCCCCCUCCUAAAAAGUAAGGGGAAAUGUGUGUGCGUCUUACGGGGCGAAUGCAGGCAGGAGGCUCUGCUCAGCGCUCCCUUUAAAGAGCCGCAUGGAACGUGUGUGUGGCACACACGCUCCCUGUGCUCUUUAAAGGAGUGUAGCUCUUGGGGGAGCCUUAGCCACACACAGCCUCUCCUGGGCAGGGGGAGAAUUCAUGCCGCUGCCCGGGAGAGGCUGCGCGCGGCUAUCCCAUAAGCCACGACAGCAAGCGGGAUCGCUGAGCUGUGAUCCUGCUUGCUGUCCUGGCUUCUGGGAUUCAGAUUUUUUUUUCCUUGUUUUCCUCCUCCAAAAACUAGGUGAGUCUUGUGGUCUGGUGCGUCUUACAGAGCGAAAAAUACAGUCCCUCUGCCAUUUGCAGUGGAGACCCAUGCUAACAAAUGGCAGUCUGGCCGCGUGAACGAAUGUUGUUGUUGGUUGUGGGUUUUUUGGAGGGUGUGUGUCUUUGAACCGGAUCUGAACUGCAGGCUGCAAGACAAGUUAGAGAGCGCAGCUUAGUCCAUCUCUGAAUUUUAAGUCCAAUGUGAAAGAACCCUUUUGCCCCUCUUCCUUUAAGGCAGAAGUUGCUCGGCCGUCAAAAGGACCGGCGCUUCCGCAGGCAUGGAACAAGCGUCACUUUGAAGGAUACAUCCUAGUUUUAAUUGCCGCCGUUUCUGUCCCUUUUGUCUUAGCAGAAAGGAUCCAGGAGCGAUAACAAAUCUAAUAAAAUAUUUGUCGGUGGGAUCCCUCACAACUGCGGCGAGACAGAGCUCAGGGAAUACUUCAAGAAGUUCGGAGUGGUGAGUUUAUUGCGGUGGCAGGCAUCAGGUCUCCAGAAAGCAGCUUCUUUCUCCCAUCUCCUCCAUCUCCAUUCCCUCCUCUACACCUGGAGUUCAAUUUUUUGCCUCAUCAACAUGAAAUAUUCCUGUGGCUGUCUGCUCCUUUUUAAAAACCAACCAACCUUCAUUUCUUGGCGUUAGUCAUAAAAGCCCCUAGUUCUAAGAUGUUUGGUUUCAGAAUCCUGAGCCCAUGGUUUAGCCUCUUCUCAAAGUCCCAUUGAUCCAGCAUAAGGAUGUCUGAUUUUUGCAAAAUAUAGACAGCAUGGCUUUUGUGUAUUUGUACUGUUCUGUGGCAGAAAUAAUUUUUUUGCUAAGGCCUUGGCUGGUAUUAAUUUGAUGUCAUGAAGUCUGCUCUUGCCCCUCUGUCUUCUCAGGGUGGACUGACCAACCAGUGUGAUAUCUCCCUUGAUGUCCUGACCGUCUCUAGUGUCCCCCCACCCGAAAGCUGGAGCCUCUGGUGAGGGGCUCAGUGGUUCCCUAUUCAUAUACAGGUGAAACUCGAAAAAUUAGAAUAUCAUCGAAAAGUUCCUUGAUUUCAGGAAUUCAACUUGAAAGGUGAAACUAAUAUAUGAGAUAGACUCAUGACAUGCAAAGCGAGAUAUGUCAAGCUUUGAUUUGUGAUCAUGGCGUACAGCUGGUGAAAACCCCAAAUUAACCAUCUCAGAAAAUUAGAAUAUUCAAGGAAAUCAGCAAAACAAGGAUUGCAAAUCGAACAAGAUUGGACCUCUGAGAAGUAGAAGCACGUCGCGCUUUGCAUUUCACGAGUCGAUCUCAUAUAUUAGUUUCACCAUUCAAGUUGAAUUCCUGAAAUCAAGGAACUUUCCCACGACAUUCUAAUUUUUCGAGUUUCACCUGUAUAGUAGUAAACAAAUUAAUUAAUUAUAUCCAUUCCUCACUCUUUGGUCAAGUAUGUCCCCCCCCCCCCCCCAGUCCUGGCUUAUAACAAAAUCCAACGCAAGGGUGUAAUGUAGCAGGGAUAUGUUGAGUUGCGUGUGUCUAGCAAGCUUCUCUUGCACCUGAUAACGGAUGUCCACCCUUUCUUAGAGCCAGGGAGUGGGGAUUUCCAUUGGGGCUGGUUGAUGGUGAAAAUGCCAACUCGCAGAAGUAGCUCUUCCACUGACUAUUUUUGGUCAAGGUGCAAUUUGCUUAAAUGGUUCGCAGAUCAUUUUCAUGCUUUGUUCUCAAGUGGGCCACAUCCUUCACUCUCCCCCCCCCUCCCACCUCACCCCUCUUCUUUCUCCCUCCCACCCACCCCCAAAGCAGGUAAGUCACCAAACAACUCAUCAUUAUUUGGACAUAGGUUGCCUGCAUUUAUACUUUAAUUUACAAGCUGCUUAUGUUUGGAGCAGAGAGAGAAUGGUAGACUCCCAGUUCCGGGCAGGCUUUGGCCCUUAUCUCUGUGCUCCAGGCACCUAGGGCCUGAAAAGAAAAGGAAGAAUCGCACCAGCAAGCUUUGAAAACAGGGUUUUGUUAAUACAAGAAAAACCUAUUUAAUCACAACAGCGGAUUUGCGUAGGUUUACGCCUGGAGUGUUACCAGUGUAACACAUGAGGUGUGAAGCAUGAUUUUCGCCAGAACUCUUCCCUUUCUCAGAGGCUUGGGUUUCUGUGGACCUUUUCGUUCUAAACUAUCACUGGCUUACCCAGGAAAAGAGUUGAAUGAUUUCCAAAAUAGAAAAAUGGGGGUAUUUUUUAUGCUAGUACUGAGUUGGGAUCGGGGGGAGUAAUUUUAAUGCGCUGGCAGAGUGGCCCGCUGUUGAAGGGUGGGUAAUGAAUUUAAUAAUAGUAAGUCCAACCAGGGUUAUCUGUAUCCCUGUCCUCCUUGUUCCCCUGCAAAUCUUACCUUUGCAAUAAGCCCCCAGGUGUCCUGCUAAUUUUUCAUAGUUUCCCUUCCUUCCCAAACCCCCAAAUUUUCACAGGAAUUUAAGGAGUUCCGGCAGCAGCUUUAGGAAGCACCAGGAAAUUGGUUCUGAGGUGUGCUGGAACAGAAUGGAUUUGAGAGGCGCUGGUGGAAGGGUGGGCAAGGACCUGUGCCAGGGUAUUAAGGCCAUAAAUAGCAACACCCUAGAGGUCUCGGGCCCUAAGGAAGUUAGAUUAGCCUCAACCAGAGCCAGGGCCUUCUCAACACUGGCUCCGGCCUGGUGGAGUGCUCUGCCUCAUGAGACCAGGGCCCUGCGGGAUCUGAUUUCUUUCCGCAGGGACAGAGUUGUUCCACCUGGCCUUUGGCUUGGAGCCAAUUUGAUUCCCUCCCCCUCUUUCUUUUUCCUUUCUCCUCCUGUGAAGAGGCUGCAUCCUAAUGUUUUAAUGUUGCAUUUUAAUCUUGUUUUUUUUAAAGUGGUGCUUCAGGUUAAGAACAGUUUCAGGUUAAGUACGGACCUCCGGAACAAAUUAAGUACUUAACCCAGGUUUGCUCAGUUUUGGAAGCAGACUGGAAUUCAACUUGAGACGCGCAAUUAGAAAAGGGGAACUAGCUUUUCCCAACAGCGAAUGUGUAAACUUGAACUUGUUCAGCAACUAAUGACUACUUUUGCCCAGAUGAAUCAGAAACAUGAUGCUCCUGUUUGCUUGAGGGGGUUGUCGUGGGGAGGUGGGGCAAACAAUGGGCAAGGUGUAAUUGGGCAGGUCCCCAAAGGGAAUUGACCCAUGUUAGUAAGAUCGACGUUCAUGCUUGGUAACCUGAACCCUGCCAAACGAGUUGUCUUUUCAAACCUUAACUCGCCCCGGGUGGACCCAUGUGUAUCCCAUUUCAUUAUGCAGUUGUCCUUUGGCUCCCAAAAUACUCCCGGGGGGGGGGGGCGUUUGUGGCUCAUCCGGGCAAAUGCUACCUAAAAGCCCUUGAGUGGUGCUGCGUGAUACAUUUUCUCCUUCCCGCUGAUGGCUGCUUCAGCAACUCAGCCUCAGCUUCCCCGUGUGAGCAGCUCAGCCUCCUGGGGCUGGCUGGUGGAGGCUCUGAGUUCCGAAAGACCUCAUCCUGCCACAGCAGAGGCAGGCUGAGCUGGAGCUGUAAAACGGGGAGCAGAGCCCCUCAAGCUUGCGGCUGGUGGCAGUUUCUUUCCCCUUGUGCUUAGCUAGGUGACAUCUCUUGUUAUCUCCUUGUCUAACUAAAGAGGCCACCAGUAAAUUAAUCCGUAUAGGUUUGCCAAUUAGGCCUCAUUUGCAGACGGUGAAAGUGGGUGGGCUGAAUGUUGAGGAUUGGGCAGCUCUUAAACUUGCCACUGUCCCUCCUGACUCGAUUUCUCCAGAAUGCCCUGGAACGACGCUGUCUCAAGGAAGCAUUACCGUAUUUUUUGCUCUAUAAGACUCACCUUUUCCCUCCUAAAAAGUAAGGGAAAAUGUGUGUGUGUCUCAUGGAGCGAAUGCAGGCUACGCAGCUAUCCCAGAAGCCAGAACAGCAAGAGGGAUUGCUGCUUUCACUGCGCAGCAAUCCCUCUUGCUGUUCUGCCUUCUGAGAUUCAUAAUAUUUUUUUUCUUGUUUUCCUCCUCCAAAAACUAGGUGCCUCUUGUGGUCUGGUGCGUCUAAUAGAGCAAAAAAUAUGAUAGAUGGCAUCAGUUAUUCAGGAGUGAAAAAUACGUCUUUUUAGGAGCCCUGAUUGUCAUUUGAGGCUCUCUUUCCCUUGCUUAUCACGCACUAGCCUCUAGAUUGCCCCUUGAAAAAACAAAAAAGGUACAGAGGUUAGUAAAGGGUAGUUAACGCAGGCCACCUGUUUAUAUGAGCAGACUGCCCCCUUGGGGAGUUCUGCCUGCUUGAAACAAUUACUAACCCGGCUAGAAAACAUGCUCUGUGUUCCUUGUUUGUUCCUCCAGCUCACGCACCCGUCCUCCCUCUCCAGGGCAAUCUGCUUUUCUCCCUGUUCCUAGCAAGAUGUGUUUUCUGCUGCAUCGGCGCAAUUAAUCUGCACCUUGUCUGGAGAAUUUUAAAAGACCGGUGGGGAGGUAGCCCUCUACCGAUCUGCGACUUUGGUUUGCACUUUGGCAUUGCUUUCUCGGUUAUCCAUUUGUUUUUCUAAAAAAAGGUUAUUGCAGUUAUAUAUUAACACCUGAAAGAAGAAAGAGCCACGAGUGGGUCUUCUGCCUCUCAGCCCUUGCUUGGGGAAGGGCUUAUUCUGCCUUGCUUCCUAUCAGAUGCUUAUCGCUAGCCGCACCUCAAGCGUCCGAUUGUGCUUCUGCUUUCUUUGUGUGGCCUCAUCCUGCUGCCUGCCGUGUGUUGACCCUCCUGUGGGAGCUUCAUCAGUCGAAUUUCCCCUUUUCUCUUUUCUAGGUCACUGAAGUGGUCAUGAUCUAUGAUGCAGAGAAGCAGCGGCCCCGAGGUAAAGGAGAAUCUAGUUUGUCCUUGAAAUUUCUUUAUCCUCUCCCUAUGUCAGAUGGCAAACUUUCACAACAUCAACACACAAUAUUGUUUACAUUGCCUCGGGAAAUUAUUCCACUGAACAAACUGCUACAUGUAAUUCAUGCAAUUCCAUCCUCCAGUGUGUUACUGCUUUUGAAGUCAGGUGUUAAAUGUCCAUCUCUGUCUCCACCCUACCUGCCCGUUCACCCACAAGGUGUCUUCUUUAACGAAAAGGUUGACACCUGAAUUGAGCCGCUUGUUUCAAAUAGGCGAAGGAGAAGGAGUGAAAAGAAGCAGUCAUUAAAUGUACACAUUCUCCUAUCCCCCCCCCCUUUUUAGAGCCAUAAGGUAAAGGUAAAGGUACCCCUGACCAUUAGGUCCAGUUGUGGCCAACUCGGGUUGCGGCGCUCAUCUCGCUUUAUGGGCCGAGGGAGCCGGUGUACAGCUUCCAGGUCAUGUGGCCAGCAGGACUAAGCCGCUUCUGGCGAACCAGAGCAGCGCACGGAAACACCGUUUACCUUCCCGCCGGAGCGGUGCCUAUUUAUCUACUUGCACUUUGACGUGCUUUCGAACUGCUAGGUUGGCAGGAGCAGGGACCGAACAACGGGAGCUCACCCCGUCAUUGCGGGGAUUCAAACCGCCGACCUUCUGAUCGGCAAGUCCUAGGCUCUGUGGUUUAACCCACAGCGCCACCCGCGUCCCUUAUUUUUUACAGCAUACAGGCUCUUAAAAUCUGUUUUCCAAGGCUGCAGUUAUCAGUAACUGCAAGAUUAGAACAUAUGUUCAGCUUUGCCCUUUUUUGUGAUUAAAUGGCUUCAGCUAAAAGCACUGGCCAAAGGCCACAUCUGUUAAGUUGCUUCUUGAAAAGUUGCGCAGACGAGGAUCUAGGCAAAAGCCCACUGUUACCCUUGAGGGAUAACUGCUUUUAUGUUUGAGUGAGUAGGCAGUUUCUCCCCGAACUCCAAAGGCUGAGUCAGCAGUGCCUUCUCAGCUUCAGCCCCAGCGGGAACCGGCCCUUGUCUUGUCUAGCUUUCCAUUCCACCAAUCACUUUUCAGUCGGCUCUUAGAGGCAGUAUUUUUUCCAAACCAAAACGUCAUCUGCGUGAGUUGUACCUAACCCACUCGGUAGCAUGUCAGACAUGCUAGGAAACAGUUUGCCAUCUAGACUUUUCCACUCUUCCUUGUUGACUCCAUUUAUUUUAAAGCAAUAUGUAAAUUCUUCACUUCAUAUUGAUUAAGCUGUUAAGUCUUAGUUUUUAUUUUAAUUUAGACAUACAUCCUUAGUGGCAUAUUUAAGUGUUUCAUAGUAAAAGUACAGUAAACGUUAAGUUCUUUCUCCCCCCCCUCCCCUUCCUUUUCUUCUCUCUCUCUCUCUCUCUGUGAACUGUUUGUGAUUAAUAUCUCUUUAGAUUUUCUUCUCUCUAGGUGAUAGAUUAUCACAGAGGUACAGGCCAUUUCCCCAAAUGGAGGAGGGGUUCGGGCUUCUGCCUUUAUUUGGAGUGUAAACUUGAAAGUUUUCAAUAUUUGGGGGCAGGAGGAGUGGGGGCGGGCGGUUUUCUCUUAUUUUGAUGCCUUUUAAUUCGUUUUGCAACAGCUUUGCACUGUUUCAACAGAAAAAUUCACUGACCCAGUAAAGAGCAGCAUCUUCUUGCAUGGUUCCCCGCCCCCUUUAAAGUUGGGAGAGGCAGUGAAAGAACCUUGCCACUACUUUGAACCAUCUUUCCCGCACUUGUGCUCACCAGGAAAACAAGACCCAGACGGGAUGAUUUUUUUUACUUAAACGACCCCCUAAAGCUCUCGCAGUUCAACUUUCCCAGUGACGAAGCAGGAAACUUUGAAGGCUUCCUUCCGAGGUUUUGUCUUUUGCCUUAAAGCCUCACUUAUGCAAGUAGUGAACCACCAGCAGGUUUGAAGGGCGUGAGCUGCUGGGCAGCCGUGUUUAGCUUCAGCCUUGUACACCACAAGCGUGUCCGGCGCUGGAUGCCAAACAUGGGUGGCAAGUUGGUGUGGCAGAUUGGGCCCGGCUCGGCUCACAGCCAGCAGCUUUCAGCCAGUUGGACAUGAUCCUGCAGCCUGCACUAGCGAUCUACCCAUUCCGACUACGGGCAAACAUGACUCUUGUGUUUACACCGCUUUCCUCUUAACCACUUUUGUCUGCGGCGUCCUGCGGUUUCCAUUGCAACCCUAUGCUUUCUUCACUCAGUUGCACAGCUGUAAACUUCACUGCAAGUGUCAACAUGUCGGUUAGACCCCUGGGGGAUGCGAAGAGCAAAUGCCUCUUUCAUCGGUGGCUGCCCUGUGUUGCUUGCUCGGGUGCAUCACAUUGAUAACUUGUGAAGUCUCCCUGGCUGUCCUAGUUCCUCUCUUAAGCAUCCUUGGAAAACACACUACUCCCUGUCCCAAUUCUUGGUGUCUCUUUCUGCUCAAUCUCUUUCCCUCUUAAGAUCUUAAACUUCCUUCUUUCACCUUAAAAUCUCUGCUCAGUCAUUUGUAUGGCUGUUAGGAAGCCUGACUCGUAUACUGGGCACCCACCCCUUAUUCCCAUUUUACAGAAGGGGAAUGUGCGCUUGAAUACUAAUUGGCUUCCUUUCAGCCAGCUAGUGAUUUCGUGAGCUAUGAUAUAAACUGGUUCCCCCUGCCGCCACCGCAUCCUACCAGUUUUCCAACUUAGCACCAAGUAUAGAUUUGAGAGGACCACUGAUGGGAAGGAUGCAGAUGUCCUAUAGAGGAAUUUGGUCCACUUUUUUGGUCGGGGUCUGUUAUGCUGCUUACUUACGAAGAGCAGCUUUGUAAAUGUUACGCUUUUAACUCGUGUUGCAAUCUUGUCUUGGAAAAUGGCUUCAUGAUAAAGCCAGCAGAAAAGCAAAGCUUUAUACUAACGCAAGUGUGGCUGAACACUUGAGGUAACACUUAAAGUCAAGAAGAAGAAGAGUUUGGAUUUGAUAUCCCGCUUUAUCACUACCCUAAGGAGUCUCAAAGCGGCUAACAAUCUCCUUUCCCUUCCUCCCCCACAACAAACACUCUGUGAGGUGAGUGGGGCUGAGAGACUUCAGAGAAGUGUGACUAUCCCAAGGUCACCCAGCAGCUGCAUGUGGAGGAGCGGGGAAGCGAACCCGGUUCACCAGAUUACGACUCCACUGCUCUUAACCACUACACCACACUGGCUCUCAGAAACGCGUCACGGUCAUUACUUUUUUUUAGCUUGCCUGCUACUGAAAAUUAAGAGCACCUUUGAAUUGCAUGCAGCUAAAUCUACACAUCUGCAGAACGCAAAAUUUGCACAAGUCCAAAACCUCUUGCAUUGUUUUUGGUUGUUUAAGUCUCUGGGCUCACAGAGAAAUUCCUGAAUGACAGUGUGAUGUGGCGGAUCAGAUGGGGCGUUUGGCCUUGAGGUGCUUUUCUCCCUUGCAGAUCAGCUCUCAAAGCUCGUUGAGGUGAACUUGAGAGAGCUGCAGCGAUCAGCCAAACUGCGGCUUGGGGCUCAGAAUGCAGCCGGCUACUCAUGUAGUCCUGGAACGUAGCAAUCUCCCCUCUUAAGGGAGGAAGAGCUCACAAUUUCCAAAAAAACAGACAAACACAGCUGAGCUGAUCCCCAACCUUUAAUAUCUGAGGUGGGUGCACCCAUCUGUUUUCUCCCACCCCAAAAUGCCAAACUUUCCCCCUUGCAACAAGUUCUUAAACCUUAGGCUUUCCCCUUCUCAAAGCUCCUUGUGUUUCAGUCUUCUUAGGCCUUUCGCACCCAUUUUGCUCUUCGGCAAAGCUUCCUGGGCUUAAGGGAAAUCUUGUGAAGUUAACAUUUCUUCCAGUGUCCUUAAGUGCUGCUAGGGUCCCCAAGAGCUUUUCAACAACCUUCUCCCCCUCCUGUUGUCAAGCAAUCAUUCAGCUUGCCCACCCCUUGUCCACCUGCGCUACAUUCUUAUAGAAGCGGUUCUGAUCCAACAGCCUCUUUUAGCGCUUGCCUCCCUGACAACUUUUUGGUUUUUCAUACGCCCUUUCCAUGCUGUCUUCCUUAUUCCCAAAAGACCUCCCUGCCAACCCCCGUGACCCCAUCGCCUCUUAUCUGGGUCUGCCUCAAGUGCAGAUCUCCGCUUCUGGGAAACUCUCGAAUUUUUGCUUAGUGUUCCCUUCUGGUGUUUGCAGUCCUCCUUUCUUUGAAUCUCCUUGCUUGCCUCUCAUUUUUCUUCCUAACCUUGUUGUUGUUUAGUCGUUUAGUCGUGUCUGCCUCUUCGUGACCCCAUGGACCAGAGCAUGCCAGGCACUCCUGUCUUCCAGUGCCUCCCGCAGUUUGGUCAAACUCAUGCUGGUAGCUUCGAGAACACUAUCCAACCAUCUCGUCCUCUGUCGUCCCCUUCUCCUUGCGCCCUCCAUCUUUCCCAACAUCAGGGUCUUUUCCAAGGAGUCUUCUCAUGAGGUAGCCAAAGUCUUGGAGCCUCAGCUUCAGGAUCUGACCUUCCAGUGAGCACUCAGGGCUGAUUUCCUUCAGAAUGGAGAGGUUGGAUCUUCUUGCAGUCCAUGGGACUCUCAAGAGUCUCCUCCAGCACCAUAAUUCAAAAGCAUCAAUUCUUCGACAAUCAGCCUUCUUUAUGGUCCUAACCUUGAGCGAAGAGCAAAAGAGCACGUUUUUCUUCCGUGUAGGCGAUCAGUAGCUGUCCCUGAUAACGUCCUCCCCCCAUUUUAAAUAGUGGACGUUUCUGAAUCGGUUGUCUCUCGGGUGCAGAAACACCCAUCUUUCCGCUUCUGUCCUGCCAAGACUUCCAUCUGCCUGCAGACAAGCGAAAGAGCCACUCUUUGUAGAGGCUGCUGCAUUGUGGACCUGGCUUCCUUUAUACUCUUACGUAUUGGAGAUGCUCUUAAAAGUCCCCCACAACCCAUUUAUUUUUAAUUUGAUUCCACCACCCCCCGCCCCUGCUCUUGUUGCUGACAGCAGAAGAUUGACCUGCUGCGAUCUAUCUUGGCCUGUAUCUUUGUGUCUUUUUUAAGUAUGAACCUUUUCUACGAUAAGGCUCCAUGGGCUUACCCAACCAUGUUGGAUAAGCUUAGAGAGACAAUAACUGUUACAGAGACUGUAGCUUUAUUUUUUUUUUCUGUUGAACGCUUUAGAGCAAUAAAUGGCUGCUGUCAGCACUAGCUGCAAAGCGAAAAUUAAACCAAGGGGGAAAUCUUGGGUUUCAGGGGGGAAACGAUUAAAUGCCCCCACCCCAACACCAUUUCCCACCCCCAAAUUUAUUUAUUUUUUCAUCGCAAAUUUUUAGAAAGCCACUUUUGCGAAAGGCUGCAGUUGCGUCAGCUAAUAGUGGCCCUAGAUUUGGCCAUUGGUAGUUUUCCAAGGGGAUGCAGUGUGUUCUGCGUAGGACCGUGUUUGGGAUUUUCUCAGAUAUUUAUUCAUGGAAUGAAUUGGCAGGGCAAAGAAGUUGCCCCCUGGAAGUACUGCCCGUAAUAUAUUCUCCCUCAGCCAAAUUUCCAGCGACAAUAAACAGGGAGCUAUCAUGUUUUCCCACCACCCCUUGGCCCCAGAAGAUCUUGCCAUUGGGACGUCACGCCAAGCCCCGCCCACCCACCCCAGAGUCACCUGAAACCCUUGCUUGAACCCUUGGUUCGCCCCUAAUACUGUUCAUCAUCCUGUUUUGUGUCACAACACCCUGCUACCUUGAUUCACUCUUCGUCGUUGGCUAGGUUUUGGAUUUAUUACUUUCGAGGACGAACAAUCAGUGGACCAGGCUGUCAACAUGCAUUUUCACGACAUCAUGGGCAAAAAAGUGUGUAGUUGUAGUUUUAUUUUACCUUAAGACAAAGCUGAGCCUUGGAGCAACUGGCAAUUUGGCUGGCGGAUAGGAGGAGCUUGGGGGGGGAGUAUUUGAGGGGGACACACACACAAGGGGUGACAGGAGAAGAAUCCUCACAGGUGAAGCUUCAUUGAGUGACUUGUUUUUAAUCGCACGAGUCUCCAUCAUCUUGGAACAGAGAAUUUAAUUUUCCACAUUUCCACAGAUUAAGAAGUAACUUCUUCCAAAGUUUGGUACUGAGAAGGUUUAAACCAGCACCUUUCUGACUGCAUUUCUAGGCCCUGAAAGUUUAUUGCAGAGAAGAUUGAUGGGGAAAAAAUCCCCUGAGAGGCAGUGUAAUGAUCUUGGUCUAAUAAAUUAGCGUUUAGCAGACCAAGAACAGGUGCUGUGCUUCUAUGCUCCUGCUACCUCAUAUCUUUGAGCAUUAACACAUUUUUCCUUAAGCUGGUACCCUCCAGAGGUUUUCUACUACAACUCCCAUCAGCCUCAGCUUGGGGAAGAAUGCAUUAAUGCAAGUCUCCCGUGGUUGGCUAAACCACUGGUUUUCUGGAAGUCUGAACUGCGUAAGCCUGGCAGUGAACUGUCAGAGGGAUGAGGAAGGACGCUGGCAAAGCACUUGAUCUCUGCCCAAUAAGCAGUCAUUUAUCGACCUGAGGUGGUUGUGCCCAACCAGACUAGCUUGUUCAUCUCCAUACAACACCCCUCUGUAGGGGCUGGUUAGUGGGGGUCGCUCUCAAUUUGUGCAGUGCAGGCCUGGAAAUUUGGGAAACUGCUGACGAGCAUUUGAGGACCAUUUGUGGGCGGCUCGGGUUAAAAUAAUAGCUGAGGACCCCACUUGCGAUUUUGUCAUGGCGUUCGGCUGCGUUCACAAGCACUAAGUCAAGCAGCGUUGAGGUUUUGCUUUAGAUGUUCUCCUGGAAGGUGUUAAGGAGGUAUGAUGGUAACAAGCUGGUAGAAGGCAGGCAGGAACAGCAGGGCUGUUGUAGAAGGUGAUUUUUAUUUUAUUUUUUGCAACGCCAGUGAAAUCUCUACGUUGCCAAAGGCUCAGCUUCCCAUUACCACUCCUUCAGAUGUGUGUGCCUUUUAUUCCAUAUUCCAGCUGGGGAGGACGGGUGGGGAGGGGAGCACAGCAGCCUUUGAAAGGCGAGAUUUGAACAAAACACUGACCGAAGCAUCGUGAAGGAAUGGUUCAAACCGGGGAGGAAAAAAAAUGGGUCACUUACUGUGAGACUUCGAUACGAAUCCACAUAUUCUUUUUACCUAUAAUAGCGUUUUUAACCACGAUGCAGUUAAGUGACCUUUUGGUUGUUGUCAUCUUCAUACUGUGUUGUCAGCGCUCCCGAGAGACUUCUGGGUGAACCGACUCUGCUUUCUUAACUCACUCGGCUUUUAAGUCCCUUGGCUCUCAGCGUAGCUUCACGUGAGCAGGCGAGUCAGGGGAAGGAGUGGCUUAAGUUUCAGAGAGCGGCCUCAGCCUCUAAAUUGUCCCAGCUUCUGAUAAAGGAGAAAGGGCGACAAAGAGAUUCUUGUGCAAAAUCUAAAGUGUUCGUGGAUCUCCAGUUUGGGUUGAAACCGCAGACAUUUGAUGAUAGACUCUUGGGUUUUUAAAACGCCCAACGCUCUCCCAGUUCUCAAGCUUUGUAAUUCACAAUGAGAAGCUGAUUGUAUUUUUUGAAAGCUCAGUAUUUCUCUGCUAUCCAGAAAGUCCUGCCAGGGUAUCCUAGUUAAUGCAGAAAUAGUUACGCAGUUUUAAAAUAUUGCUGAAAUCUUCUGAGUUGGAGCUAGAGCUACUGCUUCACUCGUUUCGCCAGCUGCUAAUCAAAUUCUGUAGCACCAGUUCUGGGAACCCAGGAGAGAACUGGCUGAUAUGAGUCGGUUUCAAAAUCCAUGCUCUCCAUCCCUCCCUCGCCGCAAAAGAGUCCCUGCUCAUCUUUGUCUUUGCACAAAGCUGAAGCCAAAAUCUCAAUAUGGCAAAGAUGAAGAGAUUGCAGCGAUAUAAAUGCCAUGUUACUCAGCCAGUGGCUGGAGAAAAGGCAGACUUUGAGCCAUCGAUGUUUGGGUGCCAAAUACGUUUUUGUCGACCAGGUACAGUACAAGUUCCCAGCCAUUUUGGUAAUUCCACCCCAUCGUUAACGGCGGCUUUUGAACUUUCCUCAGCGCUGCUUCUCCCCGAUAAACCCCUGAAACAGCAGCGUCGGCAAAGCCGCGCUACCUUCUUUCUCUUCUGCCCUUUGAAAAUGAUUACAGAAACUUAUUCUCCCCACCCGGCCCCUUUGCCAUAUUUAAGGAGCAACCAAACUGUCUCAAGGUUUGGGACUUGGGGCAUAGGGGUGGGAAAUUGCUUGUUUCCAGCACCCUCCCAGUGCAGGGUUUGGGUCGACAAAAAAGAGAGGAGGAAUGCUUCAGGGACAUUGGGAGGCCUGUUAUCUGCGCUGACUUGCGCAGCCUUGCAGAAGCAGAGUUAAUCUGAAGUACACACAUUUCAUACGUUUCGCUUCGUGGCGUUUAUAUCCUGGCUUUCCUCCAGGGAGCUCAGGAAAGUUACGCAGGGCUCCCAGGUGGUCUUCUAUCCAGGCAGUGACCACAGAGAAGGCCUGCUCAGCUUUAGUAAGGUUGCUAUGGCUUUGGCCUUCAAACCGCGUCCUUGGCUCUUUUGGAGGCAAAGAUCCUCGAGUUAUUAAAGCGUGGCUGAGCAUGUCCAAAUUGUUAGCUGCGUCCCGACAUCAGCACAAGUUUAAAACGGGGGUUUAUUCUCUCUCCCUUUCAUGACCCCAUUGCUCAGCUUCACUUAAUAAUUCAGAGUUUAUCUUCUGCCACCCCACCCCAUGCCAAAUUUCAAAAUUAGCUUCAUAUUUGGAUUUAAAACCGGCUGUGAAGUUUAUCUUGGACAGGAAGUUUGUAUUAAGUAGUCCAGGCACAUCAUUAAAGCACUGGGGUGCAUUCACUUUAUGUGUGACACACACACAUCCACCUUAUUUACAGAACAAAAGCGCUUUUCCUCUGACUUAACACAGUAUGAAGGUUUUGCUUCUUAUUGACUCAACUGUCCAUUUUUUAUUACCUGCAUGUUUGUUUACUUUUUUGUUAGAUGUAAUGUAAGGUUCUCUUAUCACAUCCAUUCCUUCUGACAUUGUUUGAGUUAAUUGAGGUUCUUUAAGCGUUAGCCUGGGGAAGGUAAGUCUCUAUCUUCCAUUAGACUUCUAAAUAAUAAUAAAAGAAAUAAGUUUAUAAAUAGGAAUUUCUUUUUUUAAAAAACAACAACAACUGGAAACUGAAUGUGUGUUUCUCAGGUAUGAACAAAGCCGAAAUUGCAAUUUAGCUGUGUGGCAUGUUUGGCCACAAAUUACAACACUUUCCUCAUCGCCACUCUGCCAAAAAAAAGAGGUCUGGCUUAAAGCCUUUGUACCUUUCUUCCGUGAUGUUCCCCUCAACCUUGCUAGCAAACUUAAUUCUUCUUACCUGCGAAGCCAAGCACCAGAGCUGUGUGCGGAGACCGAAAGUCUGUCGAGAAGAUGUCGCUGCCUGCUUGUUACGUGAGCAAGCCGACCAGCAGACAUAACGGAAGAGAAAAAACCACGCCCGGGGACACCUUUUAUCCUUAACCGCUUUACGGAGCGGAGACUUUCGGACCGGCUUCCUCUUGAACUACCCAUUGUACCCGAGAAACACUUGUUUUUUAUUUUCUCUAAACUAGCGGCCUUUAAAAAAAAAGGAAAAAAGCUUGUAAUUCUUUGAUUAAGUUCUUAGCUGUAAGUCAUAAGGUGCUAAGAUAUGAGCUUUUGCUUUUUAAGUGUUAAACUUAAGGGUGUGUGUGAAGACGGGCAGAGUGCGGGGGGGCAGCGGCGGCAAGCUAACCGGCAGCCUCCCCUCCCUGAGCGCCUCGCUCUCUUUGUCUAGGUGGAGGUGAAGCGGGCCGAGCCUCGGGAUAGCAAGAGCCAGACGCCAGGGCCUACGGGCACGAGCCAGUGGGGAAGCCGGAUCAUGCCAAGCGCUGCCAACGGCUGGGCAGGGCAGCCCCCACCUACCUGGCAGCAAGGAUACGGACCUCAAGGUACCACUUCGCCGCUGGUUGCGGGACGCUCCUGGGCCAAAUCAGGCUUGGCCUUCAUUCCUCUGUACGCGAACAAGCUCCUCCGAGCAGAUACUGGCAGUCCCUGCAAAUAUCUUGCUAGUUUAGGGUGCCGAAGGGCACCUGCUCUGCCUCUGUCCAUAGCUGUCAACUUACAGAUUUGAAAAUAAGGGACCAGCAGCCUUGAAAAUAAGGGAUCAGCAGCCAAAAUAAGGGAUCAACAAUUACUUUGAUAAAAUACAUAUUUUGUUGCGUGCAAAUGGCUUUAGAUACCUAUUAGGUCCAUAAAUUACCAUAUAGCAUAUAUUCAACACAAAAAAGCAGCAACAGUUUGUUGUUGACAAAGGACAGCUGGACAUAGAAAGGGCCCCAUUACCUUCAGGAGCUUAUUUAAGGGACAUCAUCAGUAAGGGACAGCAGCGGGACAUGGCGCUGAGAUAAGGGACUGUCCCGCCAAAUAAGGGACGCUUGACGGCUAUGCCUCUGUCCCCAGACAUCUUCAGGUUCUCCGUGGUCGGAGGCCGUCAACGCCUCUGAGCGCCAGCUGCUGGCAGGGGAAAGCUGCUGCCGCACUCACGUCCCGUUGGGGCAUCUGGUGGGCUAUGGUGAGGACAGGAGGAUGGGGUGCCCUUGGGCCUGAUCCAGCAGCCAGCCUCUCCUAGGGAGUACUGUAUUUUUCGCUCUAUAAGAUGCACAUCUUCCCCUCCAAAAAUUAAGGGGAAAUGUGUGUGCCUCCUAUGGAGCGAAUGCAGGCUCCUUGGCUUCAGCGAUAGCAAUGCAAAGCCUCCGAAGCGCAGUGGGAGCGCUCCCGCCGCGCUCCGGAGGCUUUGCGUUGCUUUCACUGAAGCCUCUCCAGGCUUCAGGUUCCUUUCGCUGAAGGGUAGGUGCCCCUUCAGCUAAGGCGCAUCGCCCCUUCAGCUAAGCGGGAGGAGAAUUGAAAGGGGCUCCGUUUCUCCUGCCGCUUCCCUGAAGGGGCGCUGCGCAGAGAGGGGGAGAAUUUUUUCUCUCUUGUUCUCCCCCUCUAAAACAAGGUGCGUCCUAUAGAGCGAAAAAUACGGUAGGUGAUUGGAAAGGGGGUUCCUUCCCCCCCCCCAAUCAAGUUCCAUGCUGAAAUAACUUUGAAACAGGCACGAUCCAGACUGUUUUGAAGCACCCCGGGACCUUGGCAGCCCAUUUGAGACAGAGAGGGGUCAGGAACCUUCCUCCUCGGCCUCUUGCAAGCCCUGCCUCCAGCCCUCCUUCAGCUGGAGCUUGCGGCAGAUGCUGCCUGCGCGGAUGUGAUAGUGUCUCAGCGGUAGAGGUGCAGGCAGCAGUUUACUUGCGACAGCCGAAUGCAGGUUUGGAACUCCUCUUUCAUUUACUUUCAACACGUCAAGUAUGCAGGCCUCUGUAGCUUAAAAGAGUCUGCGGCCACAUCUCAGGCGCUGUUUUUCAAACGCUGUGUUUCAGAAGAGCCCCAAACAACUCUCCCGCUAGACUCCGCUUCUUGACAUCCCCACAGUUCUGAAAUGAUGAGGUUGUAAAACGACUGAGCACUGUCCCGGUCAAACAGGCAUGGUAUCUUGACCGGUCUUGUGUGUGUUUUUUUCUCUCCCUUCCCUGCCCUCUUCCUCUUCUCCCCCCUCCCCUGCAACUUUAGGGAUGUGGGUGCCAGCGGGACAAGCACUCGGUAAGUAUGUCACAGUUGUUGAAGGCCUUGUGUAUUGAAUAUCCUAAGCCUAAAUAAAGCAAAUCAAAGGGCUGUCGUGCUUGGAGUAGACCCGUUGAAAGGGAAUGAACUUAAGCCCAUUAAUUUCAGUGGUUCUACACUGAGUAGAGUUUUGUUGCACGCAACCCAGAAUUUUUAGCAUCGGCUUGGUGCCUCUGCAGUUUUCCUCCCAAGAACUCUUCACUGCAAAUUUGCAAGAAGCCCCUUGAGCAAAAAUUCCCAGGGUUCUUGUGUGCAUGAGCUGGCUGGGUGGGAUAAGCAAGGAGAGCUCCGGCAAGGGAAAGGGAUUUGUUUCAUCUUUGUUGGCAGGGAUAGGUGUGACCCUUGGCUUUAAUUCCCUAUGACCCUCUGCCUUAAUUCAAGUGUCAAGGAGGGAGAAAGGGGGCAACCAAGUCAGGUGGGCAGGGUAUUCCUACAGUCGUACCUUGGAUCUCAAACGCCUUGGCUCCCAAACAAAUCGGCUCCCAAACAAUCAAAACCCGGAAGUGAGUGUUCCGGUUUUCGGAUGAUUUUUGGAAACCGAAGGUCCGGCGCGGCUUCCGAUUGGCUGCAGGACACUCCUGCAGCCAAGCAGAAGCCGCACCUAGGUUUUCGAACGGUUCCGGGACCGGAACAGACUCCCGGAACGCAGUCUGUUAGAGAACCCAAGGUGUGACUGUACUAAUGAUAAACCCAAAGCAGCCGCAAAUGUAGCUAGCCCGCAUUAACUCAUGUUAGUCAUUUGUUGCACAUUGGCAACCUGAAAAGAUUGGGGGGGUGGGGAGGGAGAGGGAUUGGGGAAAGUGAACUAGCUUUUUCCAUUUGCCAAAAAGAAGUCCUGCCUUUUAAAGGCCUGGUCCCCAGUACAGCAAAGACAAAUGUCCUCUCUCUUUUUUUGAAAGCUGGCUCUCUGAGAACUGUGGGAACGGCUGGAUUAAAGCUGUGCUCUUUAAUUAUUUCUCCACCAUGCUAGCCCCUUGGCUGGCUUGGAAGAGCUGGGCUCUGCUCAGUUCAGAAGUGGGGUGAGCUACCAAAUGAUUGUUUGAAACAAGCCACGACUUCAUGUAGGCAGUAGCCCUCGACAGCCCCGCUAACAGCGAAAGCUUAAGGAGUGUGACCCGAGGAAAAUCAUUUCUGCUGCCUGUUUGUGCAUUUAGGAUUUUUAACCCCCUAAGCAGCUGGAAGGCACGCGGGUGGCGCUGUGGGUUAAACCACAGAGCCUAGGGCUUGCUGAUCAGAAGGUCGGCGGUUCGAAUCCCCUUGACGGGGUGAGCUCCCGUUGCUCAGUCCCUGCUCCUGCCAACCUAGCAGUUCGAAAGCACCUCAAAGUGCAAGUAGAUAAAUAGGUACCGCUCCAGCGGGAAGGUAAACGGCAUUUCUGUGCGCUGCUCUGGUUCACCAGAAGCGGCUUAGUCAUGCUGGCCACAUGACACCGGCUCCCUCAGGCAAUAAAGCGAGAUGAGCGCCACAACCCCAGAGUCAGUCACGACUGGACCUAAUGGUCAGGGGUCCCUUCACCUUUUAAGCAGCUGGAAGAGGGGGCAGGAAUAUGCAGUUUGUUAAGACUGCUGUGCCUCGCUUUCGAUGAGAGCUUGAUGCCACAUAUUAAUUGGAUAGGUACUUAUUUAAGUUACAUUGUACAAGAAAACUGGACCCUGCCAUGUGGCAGUUUUAAGAAUGUGGCCCCAAAACUGGACUGGUAGCUACUGAUUUUCUACUUCUUUAAAAGUAUAUGCAGUGACCAAAUGUUGCGGCAGCGAAUGAGGUAGUAAGAAGUAUUUUUGGAGAGUGCCCCUUGGAAUCCUACUUGCAGAGCCAAUUCAAAAAACAACAACAACAACAACCCACUCCUCCAAACAUCCACCCUGUUGUCAUUUCACAUUACAUGUAUUCUCUUGCAAGAAGGAGUGGGGAACCUGGGGUCUUCCCGGUAUUGUACUCCAGCUCCCAUCAGCCCUAGUGGUCUGGGGUGAUGGGAGUUGUAGUCCCACAACACCCAGCCUCCCCAAACAAGGGCUUCAGUUUUUAUGUGGCGUUUCAAGCACCAUCCACGCUAUAUGUCUGUUGUCUUACCGUUUGAGGAUCAGUAACCCAAUUAAGAGGGGACGUGGGUGGUGCUGUGGUCUAAACCACUGAGCCUAGGGCUUGCCGAUCAGAAGGUCAGCGGUUCGAAUCCCCGCGAUGACGGGGUGAGCUCCCGUUGCUCAUUCCCUGCUCCUGCCAACCUAGCAGUUCAAAAGCACGUCAAAGUGCAAGUAGAUAAAUAGAUACUGCUCCGGCGGGAAGGUAUACGGCGUUUCCAUGCGCUGCUCUGGUUUGCCAGAAGCGGCUUAGUCAUGCUGGCCACGUGACCCAGAAGCUGUACGCCAAUAAAGCGAGAUGAGCGCCGCAACCCCAGAGUCGGUCACGACUGGACCAAUGGUCAGGGGCCCCUUUACCUUACUUUUAACCCAAUUAAGCAACGUGUUGUGGGGCUGGGGGUGGAGGGAAUAAACACUUAAAUGCUGUACUUCCUUGGUGGAAAACGCCUAUGUCAAGUAAGCUACUUGAUGUUGGUGCAGUGGAUUUUGAAGACCUCCCCAAGCCUCAUAGGUCGCUCCCAGCUUGAUGGAGCCGACUUGGGGCGUUGUAACAUCUCCCCGUCUUCUCAAGCUCCUCCUCCUCAUUGGCUGCUCCUACCUUUCCCCAGGUGGGUAUGGCCCCCCUCCUCCAGGUAGAGGAGCUCCACCUCCACCACCGCCUUUUACCUCGUACAUCGUCUCGACCCCUCCAGGAGGAUUCGCUCCCCCACAGGGCUUCCCGCAGGGAUAUGGGACCCCUCCGCCCUUCAGUGAGUAUUCCUGACCUCUUUGCGGCACAGCUCGGGGAGGGGGGCCCUACGUAGUGUGUGUAUAUACCCUGCCUCCCACGCGCCUGUCCCACUCCGUAUUAUUCUCACAACAACCUGUAAGGCAGGUCAAGCCAGGAGCGUGUCAUUGGCACAAUACCAGCCAGUGCGCGAAGUCUCAGAAGGUGCGGGCCUCCCCUGCUCUGAUGCUCUGACCCUGGCCGAUACAGCCCAGAAAAUCUGGAGAGCCACCAGGGUUGGGGGAAGGCUGCUCUGCCCUCUUCCCAACACUGGUUCCAUUUGAAUUUUCCCUCCUGGUCCCCGGUUGGUGGGUGAGUAAUAAUUAGAGGAGGAAAGCUCCCUGAGGCCCAUUUCCUUUCCUAGCCUUGAGUUGCGCAGCUAAGGUAUCGGCUCGGGGCUUCCUCCGUAGGCCUCCCCGCUCACACUUUCCGUGACUUCUCUUUCUUUCUCCUUCCCCGCUGCCCCCCCGGCCUCCUCAGGUUUUGGAUACGGUGCCCCGCCACCUCCACCAGACCAGUUUGCUCCUCCAGGCGUCCCUCCGCCACCUGCCACUCCUGGGGCAACACCACUCGCUUUCCCCCCUCCGCCACCGCCAUCUCAGCCAACUCAGGACAUGAGCAAGCCACCAACCGCCCAGCCAGAUUUCCCCUAUAGUCAGUUUGGUAAGUGACGGCCUUGGGGUCUGUGUGGCUCCUCUUCCGGCUUUGCCUGCUUCCCUUCUCCUCCCCGUCCCCUUUAUUUCGUUCACGAUAGCUCCGCUAGAGAACAGGAUUGGGGUUUUGCUUGCAAAGGGUAUCCAAAGCAUCCGUUCUGGUUGUCUUCUUGUUUCUGCCUUUUUAAAGGGUGGGAGGGGGGAGCCCUGCCUGUUUCCUUGUCAUAGAUUAGCCUCUGGAGGGUUUAGGCUUGCGGCAAUCAUCCUUGCGAUGUGAAAGCUGGCCCUUGAGAUCCGUCAGGGCUGCGUCAUGUGAACAUGGCGCCAAUCCACGAGAUGGAGGGUAGGAUAAAUUGAAAGUCUGAUAACAACCACUUGAAUUUCAGCUGUCUUGACAUUGCUGUUACCCUGAGAAGUAGAGGGGAGGGGGCUAUGAAUCUGCACGAAUUUCUGGCAUAUAAUGUAAGUAGGCCCUUUUUUGUCUUUUAGCAACUAGUCCCUGACUUCUAAGCCUUGAGCGGGACUCUGAAAAGGUCGUCUGACUUGUCAUUUUUGCAUCUACGUAAAUUCAAACAAUUUCAGGGUAGCUGAAUUUGCAGGCUUAAGUUGCACUUUACAGAUAUUGCAGCUGCAAAAUUGGGUCUCUUCUUCUCCUACACCUUGAGAUUUGCAGGGAUAUGCAGAUUCCCACACCAAACUAAGAUUUUGUACAAUUUCUAGUUAUGAGAAGGUCUUUUUUCAAAUUUCAGUAGGACUCUGUUUCAGCACCACCCAAAUAUUAUUCUCAGUGCGUAGUCAGGAAACUUUAAACCCUCAUUUUCUUGCACCAAAGUCUUAUCAGAUUUCAGUAUUGCAGGAGAUUCAGGGAUUCUUAAUCUUGCCCUCUUGGCUCCAGAGUAGGCUUUGCUUCUGAAUUUCCAGGAUUCCGCAGUCUGAUGAAAUAAGUCUUUUACGCCUUCCAGCUGAGCACAUUUUGUUCUGUAACUUGUUGAGGACUUGUACCAUUCGAACCUGUCUUUGAAACAUCAGGGCUAAACUCUCAAAGGAAGAAUGAGAAUCUUACACCUGUCUUGCUCAAAACACAAGGUCUCUUCUGCAUCUCAACUUAAUCAGUUACAUGUAGAAUCAUGAUCAGUGAUCUAAGCCCUCCAUCCAUGUGAUCCUAAAUAAUUUCCUUUCCCAAUGCCACAAUUCCAGAGUUUAUGUAGAGACCCCUCUCUCAUACCAUGUACUCUUAAUUUGCUGCUGCCCCAAAGGGAUGUUGUUGUCGUCUUCUUGUUCUCCUCCUUCUCCUCCUCCUCCUCCUUCCUCCUUUGUAGAACAACACACCUUUCCUGUAAGGUUGUUGGUACAAGAAGAUGCCCACUCCCAGGCUUUCAGUAGCCAAAUCUUGGGUGGCUGCAGGAAGAGGUCAUGAGACCUCUAAGAUCGCCUCCCCCCCCCCCCCCAGUAGGCUUUCUGAGCGCUGGUCAUCCGUAUCAGUACAGAAUCCAUUGAGCCCAGUAUUGGAGUUGUGUAGAAAAAUUCCAUGUUUUGUCUGAGUGGUAUAGAAGAUGCUCUUUUAACACCUUCCCCAAAAUCGGGGUUGCUCACCACAGACUCUUCAAGUUAACGCUUCAAAAUGCAUAAAAUCCUACUGAUUCAGCAAGCUUCCUGUGUCCCCCUCCUGCUUAAAAAAAACCAACCAGAUUGGGGGCUGCUCUUGACUUUGGAAUGCCCUGUGUGCUAAAGCUAUUGGAAGAUUUUUUUUUUCUUUUUUGUCAAAUGACUUAGAAGGCUUCUAACUGGGGCUUGGAGGGAGGGAACAAGAUGCCUGCGAGUGUUUGAAGUGAAACCUUGAGAAGCCAUCAAGAAGGGGGGAUAAAAGCAUCUUGAUCUCUAUGUGUCAGAAAGCUUUGUUAAUCUGAACACUGCCGGGAAGCACCUUGUUGAAAUUAUCUGCACGCGACGGCAUGUGCUUGUCGGAUGGAAGUUUUGCCUCAUCAUCCAUUUUGUUGUCAGGGCUUCCAGUUAACCAUUUACACGGAAAGAUUUUCGUCCCAGUAUCAAGGAAAGGAACAGGCUACCCCCAAAUACUGAGCCAGUCCCAGUUGACCUUCUUUUAGUCAAACCCGUAAAGAGGGAGAUUUCUUUUUGACAAAGUGAACAGGGUCUUGAGGGGGACUAUUUGGAGGAAGAACAUAAGAAGUGUCUGUUCUGGAUCAGGCCAGUGGCCCAGUAGCCAGCAACCUAUUCUCACAGUAGCCAAAACCCCUAGCACUCUCCCCUCUUGCCGUCCCCAGUAGCUGGUUUUCAGUAGCCUAUUCGCCCCAAACCUCAUCCUACAUUGCAGCCUGCAUCCUUGCACAAGCCCCCGAUUCCCAGGGCUUCCUCAACCUUUGGCUUUCAAUGACCAGGAUUAAGCUGAGAUACAGUGAUGUUAGAAGGGAGCUGUCGGUAUUUAAAAUAAGCCUUUUUGUUCUUUUUUUAAAAAAUGCUGUUACCCCCUUCUGUUCUAUCCUAAUAGCUGGGGGUUAUUUCCUUUGCAUUCCGAAAUAACGUGUCUCAGGAGUUUUUUGCAGCCUGUUUCCAAUCAAUGCGCUGCUUUGAAUGCUCAUUGAGAGAGAAAAUGGGUGAAAGAGGAGGAGAAAUGUAGGGAAAUUAAAAGACAAUAAAGUUAGGGUGUUAAAUCCUCAGCGUGUUCCGAGAAACGCCUCCUCCAGAAAUCCUUAGUUUUCAAUAUAGGGCAGGAUUCCUUGAAAUGUAUGUUACCAGGCACGGAGAGCUGCAAUCCUCAGCCCGUCGUUCCAUGUCGAAACGUGAUGCUUCCGUAUUUACGACUUCCGAAGAGCCCUUGCUUACAUAUAUGUGCCUUUCUCCAGCUCCCCCUGUUCUGCAUGUUUUUAUCACGUUAAAGCCGCCUAGCUGUUUUUAAGAUCCCGCCAGUGGGGUGUGUGUGCGUGUGUGUAUAUAGACAUGGCCGGGACAGUUCUGGCCCAUAACUACGCCUUUGUUGUGGACCAGCGUUGUUCUUUUCAGCUAGGGUGACCCCGAAGCGCUGCGUUUUGGGUAAGUCUCCUCCGCCCCCCCUUUUCCGAGAGAAUUGUAGGUUUUGUACAGGGCUCUCUUGGGGGUUUAGUCACCCUGGUCUCCUCCAUUUCUUGCCAGGCCUGGGUACCUAUUCUCAAGACCCUUCAGGCUUCGGGCCAAUUCUUUGUUUACACACUUAUGGUCAGGCUGAGAAGUGAGUUACCUUAGGUAGGUGGAGCCUAUUUACACCAAAUCCUCUUGCUUGUGAUCUCUUGUGUGGAUGGAAGGGGGCGGGGUGGGGGAACAGUAACCUUUUUUUCCUUGCAGGGGUGUCACCUCUCUGGGGAGCAGGGAGAAGAAGAGACAUUUGCCCCUCCCCUGAAGGUUUCUCUAGUUCACGCAGCUGCUAGUCUUGCUGAAACCAUCCCGCUGCCCUGGGGUGUUGGCUUAAUUUGUAGUACCGCGAUUGGGCAGUGUUCACGUGGAAAGGGGGUGGCUUCUCUUGGGAGAAAUUCGGGGGCAAGGAACUUCAGCUGUGUUUGAAGAGAGCAUUUCCCCCUCUUGCUUUUUUUUGGGGGGGUGUACAAUGGAAUUGUGGUGGGUGGAGGCAUCCCGCAUAAAAACAAGGCACAAUGCAGCUUUGGCCAAAAAAUAAUAAUAAUAAUUAGAGUAGGGUUAGGUACUGUGUUGUUUUUUUUUUUAAAGAGUGGGGUGAAAUCUCCCUAUUCAUGAUAAAAAUGGGUGGGUACACCUACUUCCUUUCUCUCCUGUUUCAAAGAUGAGACAAGUGCCUUGGGAUAUUCAUUCACCCUUGCUUAUUGAAAUCAUUUUUAUCCCACUCUUCGGCUGAAUAAAACCUUGCACGGCAGCCCACAAAUACCGGCCCCGCUCUCAGGUUUGCAGUCUAAAAGACGCAGCGCAGAAGGAAAAGGGAUUAGGAGGGAGGAGAAAAGGGCAUUCCUUCUUAGUUGCAAGCUUUCAGCGGUUGGGCUAACCAGUACCACCCCAUCCACCAGCCUCUUGCCUUACAGGCUUAUCCAGAAGCUCUGGCGAGUGUAGGGUGGUUCCAAGGAAGACAUCCAACCUUUUUGAAUGUAUGGGGGAGCACGCAUGCCUUCCACAGGAGUGAAGAUUUGGACGUACCUGGCGAGGGCAGGCAUGAAAGGGACACCUUUCUGCUCCCUGGCAAUUUGGUGGUUGGCCACGGCUUACAAGGGGCUUUUGUUUAGGGUGGGGAAGUUGUAGGCCUCAGUGUUCCCCCAGAGCACAAGUGCUUCAGCAGGAAGCACAGAGAUCAGCUCUGUGACAUAGAGAUGGUGCUUUGCAUGCAGAAGGCCCCAAGUUUGCACGGACCUGCGGCUUUGCAGGAGCACAUGAUUCUCGAACGUGUGAGGAAGUGCAGAGCUGUGAAUUUUUAGCCUUUCCCCUCCCUUAACGUUUCAAAGCUCCACUGCUGCACAGAGAGACAGCUUUUACAUCCACAAGCCUUUUGGCAUGACGUUUAAGGUACCGGGGAUGCGGGUGGCCUGUGGCCUAAACCACUGAGCCUCUUGGACUUGCUGAUCAGAAGGUCGGCAGUUCGAAUCCCCGCGACGGGGUGAGCUCCUGUUGCUCUGUCCCAGCUCCUGCCAACCUAGCAGUUCGAAAGCACGCCAAAAAGUGCAAGUAGAUGAAUAGGUACCGCUGCGGCGGGAAGGUAAACGGCGUUUCUGUGCGCUGCUCUGGUUUCGCCAGAAGCGGCUUAGUCAUGCUGGCCACAUGACCUGCAAAAACUGUCUGCGGACAAACGCCGGCUCCCUUGGCCUGUAAAGCAAGAUGAGCGCCGCAACCCCAGAGUCGUCUGCAACUGGACUUAACUGUCGGGGGUCCUUUACCUUUUUUAAGGUAGCACAUCAAAGGGCCCUGCUGGCUUGUGGGCAUUCCUAAAUGGAUGCUUCGAGGUGAUUGGGCAGCCUUUGUAGAUAUGGUCAGGUAAAAGGUUUUCACAGGCUGUUCUUUAGGCUAUUAGCAGCAUUAAUAAGCCUAUUUAGCUCUGUAAAUAAGAGGGCAAAGCUGGAGCUGCAGAACUUCUUGAAGCAAUCUAAGCUUCUUGGCCGCCACUGUCCAUAUUCUGGUCACGUUGGGCGUCUCUUUGUUACCAGUCCGCUUUUGCUUGCGUCAGGGUGCCUGGGCCUUCCAAACCAGAAUGGCGAUUCUUCCCACCCCUCUGCCAUAUGCCUCCUUUCUUUGAACUUUCUCGAAAAAUAUCCCAAGCCUCUGGGUUUGUUUGUUUGUUUUUUGAGAGUGUUUUUUGAGAGCGUUCUCCAGUGAUGAGGAGGCAUGGGAGAAGCAACACCAUCUUCCAGCCAGCUCACUUGCACAGAAAUCUUGGCACAUGAGGUUUUUUCCUGGCACGAGCGCUGCAACAUUGGAAGCGAGGGCUUGCACAAACAGGAAAACUGAUAUUCCUCUUUGCGGAAGAAGCAGGCGGGUCCGCUCUUCCAAGGCUUCCCUGUUCCCACAAUAUAUGCGCAAGCCUGUGCGAGUGAGUUGUCUGGAAUGUUGUCAAAGAAGGUGAGAGGCAGACCUAACUUUCAGGCGAUGAAGGUUCAGUGCAAGAACCUGCCCCGUAAGAAUCCUCUGCCACUUGGAGGAAUCGCUGCAUCGCCUUGCCAAAUGCACUUGGGUUGGCGCAAUGGCUUUAUCUGAGCCGUUGGGGAUCUGGGCUGUUUUUCACAAGAGUCGUGUACAAGCCAGAGAUUUAACUGCCAGCUGUAAACUGCAGCCGGCACCUAGACUGGAGUCUGUGAGGGGUAGUUCAGUGUCAGAGCCUCCUGCAUUGCAUGCCCAGGCCCAUCGCCAGUUUAAAAGGAUUUAGUGGGCAGGUGAUGAUAAGGACCUGUUUCUGUACCGGACAGAGUCGUUGUGGCCUUCAAUCUAGAAAAGGAAGACGUACAUUUCAUACAAUCCUUAAAAGUGUAUGAAAUGUAUGUUUGCAUGCUUGUAUAUUUGUAAUAUAUGUGUAUUAAUGAUGAAUUAUUUUAACAAUAAAAACUUAUUAAAAUAAAAUAAAAUAGAAAAUAGAAAAGGAAGACGUUCUCCACUCCUGGUCCGAGGCAGCAGAUUUUCCCCAAGUUUACUUUUAAGAAUAACUGCAGAUCUGGUAAAACCUAUUUUGCCCUAAAGUGGGUUUUUUUUGGGGGGGGGGGGCAAAAGGGCUGUCUUAAGCAUAUCCGGUGGCUUUGUGCAAAGCUUCCCCCCGCCCCCAGUUUUUCAGAGUUGUCGACUUUUUUUUAAGGGAGGACAGCGGGGCUGGAGGAGGCGGGCAGCGGCUGGAGGGUGGCUUCUCCGGCGGGGAAGAGGCAGAGGCUGGACGUGGCGCCUCCCAGCUCAGCUGGACGCUUCAUGCCAUGGCAGGUGGAGGCGAGCUGAUGCCAGGAGGCGCCGCGUCCAGCCUCUUCCCUGCCGCCCUCCAGAACUUGCCCCCCUGCGCCACUAGCCUCUACGGUAGCCUUUCUCAACCUGUGGGUCCCCAGAUGUUGUUGAACUACAGCUCCCAUCACCCCUAGCUAGCAAGGCCAGAGCUCGGGGAUGAUGGGAGUUGUAGUCCAACAACAUCUGGGGACCCACAGGUGGAGAACCACUGAGCUAAGAGGAUAGAGGGGAAGCUCUUCCAUAGAGUCUUCAUAAGCCAGGCUUCCUCAACCUCGGCCCUCCAGAUGUUUUGCGACUACAACUCCCAUCAUCCCUGACCACUGGUCCUGCUAGCAAGGGAUCAUGGGAGUUGUAGGCCAAAAACAUCUGGUUGAGGAAGCCUGGUGUAAGCUGAGCUUAAGGCGGCCUUUCUCAACCUGUGGGUCCCCAGAUGUUGUUGAACUACAACUCCCAUCACCCCUAGCUAGCAAGGCCAGAGCUCGGGGAUGAUGGGAGUUGUAGUCCAACAACAUCUGGGGACCCACAGGUUGAGAACCGCUGCUCUGGGGGUAAGAUGGCUCCUGCCGUUCCAUCCUGUCCCUACGUCUUGGGCGAUCCACUAGCCUCACAAAAACAUCAGGACGCUUCGAACCCUCUGUGAAAGGACUUGUGGUUCCCCCGGGGGGGGGGUGGACUUGACAAAAAAAAAAAAAGGAGCUGGCAGUAGGAAGCUUUAAAACCUUGGGGGGCGGGUUUGGGGUUGUCUCUUGUUCUCCCUCUGCUCAUUUCCCCCCCCAUCCUUGACACUGCACCAACUAACAGCUCCGUGGGGUCCGGGGGCUUUGUGCGCACGACCCUGCGCACUCUUGCGAAUGUGUAAAUUUCGAAUUGCGCUGUGUUCUGGCCUUGCUUGGUGCGUCAGGAGCUCACCUCCCAACUCUCCCCCCCCCCUUUGUUUUUCUCUUCUCUCCCUUCUAGGAUACGGACAAGAUUUGAGUGGUUUUGGACAAGGCUUUGCCGACCCCAGCCAACAGCCUCCCUCCUACGGAGGCCCUUCCAUACCACCCUCCAGUGGGCCGCCUGCAGGGGGCAGUGGUUUUGGCCGCGGACAGAACCAUAACGUUCAAGGUUUCCACCCUUACCGACGCUAGCACCUAGAAAUCAGGGAGUUCUGUCCAGAGCAGGAUAUCUGGUACCAGCCGAAACCCAGGAAUCCCAGACUUAUAUGAACUUGUGACAAUCACCUACUUUGCUGGAGGGGGGGGGGAGAAAAAAAAACCACAAAACGUAACAUCUUGGGAAGGGGGUGCUAGGGGAGGAGAAAGCUUUUCCAAGCGAAGCCGUGGGUGGUGUUUGGACUGCAGUUUUUAAUUUUUGUUUUCCUUUCUUUAACCCAUCAGCACAAAUAAAGAGAGUGUCACUGGUUCAAAUUUACAGGGUUUUAAAAACGUCUUCAGCUUUAAUUAAAAACAAAAACAAACAAACUUCAGGUUUCUUUCUCUAUAUUUUUGUUGGAAAUUUAAAUUUUUUUUCUCCUGAGCCUUUUGUUUUACCAUAUAUUGUAAACUUUAUGUUUAAAGAAGAAGAAGAAAAUAUAUAUACAUUUACAGAUUGUGAGAUUUUUAAGAGAAAUUUUCUACUAUGUAUGCUGGCUUAUUUUUUAAUUUAAAAGAGAAAAAAAAAACACAACAGGGUUUCCGUUAGCACUGCUUAGAAGUAAGUGAGGGUCAGCUCCCAACCUCCUUUUUAGCGUGGUUGGUCCAGAAACUCUGGGAGUUUAAAAAAAAAAAAAGAGAAGAGAAAGGAAUCUACUCUGUGUGUUGGUCAUUUUGUUAUUGGUUCCUGAGCUUGAUGACAACAGUCCGGAAGAACAGAAUUGUUGGGAAAGGCAGCGGGGUCACUUCGGAAGCACAGCGUUUCAAUCUGGGCUUCAGUUCUUA